GGCGAGGCUCCUCCCCCUCCACUCUGGAACGGAGCUCCCGAAGGUCCACAAACAGACGGGUUGCCGGUGGUGAGAGACUACGGCCGGCGCUGGUAGGAGGCUGAGCCCGACACGUCCAACGGGGAGCACAGCGCCGAGUUCAUUCAUCCAUCCAUCCCGCUGGUCCCGCACAGCCCCAGCCGGAGCGGCCGCUUCCUUCCCCAUCACUGUGUAAGGGGUGAGAGGUCACGGGGGAGCAGGAGGGGGGGGGGUGGAUAUUGAUGUAUGUCUCCGGGCUGGGAGUACUUAGUGUAGCUAGGCAGGUAGGUUGGUUGGCUGGCUGUAUUUCUGAUUCAGAUUCUGCCUGCUAGACCGUUCGAGCAGCGCCAGGCCUUCAUGCUGACGUUAGACUACAAUUCCCGGUAUCAUGAGAGCUGGGGAUGAUGGGGAUUAUAGUCUAACAAAAACACAAUGGACAGAAGGGUUCCUUGUUUUAGGCUGGAGUUAUGGGGUUGCUGUUCCAGAUUAAUUUACCCCAGGCUUUAGCAAUGUGAUCAGAAUCUGAAAUGAAAGAGUGGCUGUGAAUGGAGAGUGUCUGCUGUGUCUCUAGGAGGAAGAAAUGUGAUAACUAACAAUUAAGGAGCAAAAAGUGUUUAAAAUAAGCCCAAACACACCAUUGGUUUCCAUGGUGAUUACUUCACUUUCAGCACUUUAAUCCUGAAUUACAUUUUUAGACCUAUAUCCAAGUGUGUGUGCAUUGCAAUUGUGUGUUUGUAUGAUUUAAUUUAUUUCUCUUUUAAAAAAAAAAAGGUUUAUUUGGUGGGCAGUGUGCCCUCAUAUUAAAGUUAGCAGUGCUACCUGUUUGCCAUGUGUUAGUCACACAGUACAAAGCCUCAUGCCCCUAGAGUCAGGAGAGACACUUAGGGAAGCAAGUCACUGGCAUUGUUUUAGAAUUGCACAAGGGUAAUUUAGAUCCGCUAUAGUACUUCCCAUUUAUUGUGCUGUUAUUAGUCAUCACUCAUUAUAGUCUGUGCAUGUGAUCAGAGUUAAGUAUCUGUACUGCAGACUGCUACUGCCUGCCAGGUAUGAAAUUAUUGCAUUUUAAUUAUACUUGAAUGAGCACAGAAUGUUUGUUUGUAAACUUUAACAUUUUUUGAAUGCUAUGAAAUAAUUCAAUUUCUCCUGCUGAAAUUUGAAAUGCUUCAUAUAAUUAUAGUGUUGUUCAGAUUUUCUCUAAUCUGCCAAAUCCUACAGAUUAUAAAUGCCAGCUAGUCUCCCAGCCACCUAGUACAUUGGUGUAUAGUGGUAUUCUCCUGGGUUUAGUCUACAAAAUCUUGGCAGUUAUAACUAUAUCAUGUGCCUUUGAAGGAGGGAGGAUUAUAAGAUCUGUUUUGCUCAUGUGUUUUUGACACUGCAUCUGUGUUAAAACCUAUUUGACUGCCAAAUAUGACAUUCUACCUUGUUAUUAUUAUUUCUGCGUGUGUGACUGUGCAUUAACCACAGUAUAUUUUAGGCAGCAAAAUACUUUAUUGGAAUUCAAUUUGCAUUGCAUUUUGUGUCAGUUAGUGACUAUAUUUCCAAGGUAUUCAAACUGCGAAGACAUGUUUAGGCUAUUAUCAAGUAUAUGUAUGGGUUAUUGUAACCCACCUUUACAUUUCUCAUAUAAAAUAUAUUGAAUAAAUAAUAACUUGGAAGUACCUGCAUUGGCUUUCAGUCUUUAAAGACUUGAUUUUGCUGCUUGCAUUGAGCUAUACCCAGACAGGAUGUAGUCUCUGUGACACUGUCCUCUCGUGGUUCUCCUCCUAUCUCUCCCAACGUCUGUUCAGUGUCUCCUUUUGCAAAGACACCUCCUCCUCUCGCCCUGUCUUGGUUGGAGUCCCCCAAGGAUCUCUUCUCUCUUUCUGGCAAACUCAUUAAUUCCGCUACCGUCUGUAUGCCGACGACACCCAGAUAUCUCUCCCCCGCGGUCCUGCAAUGUGUCACUGCUUGCCUUUCUUCAAUCUCUGAUUGGAUGUCCUCCCACUUUCUCAAUCUCUCUAAAACUGAGCUUCUAUUUUUUUUUUUCUUUCCUGCAAGUUGAUGGUACUUGCAUCAGUCCGUUUUUGCAAGCUCGUUGUCUUGGUGUUAUCUUUGAUCCUGGCCUCACUUUUGCCCCUCGCAUAUCCAGUAUGUUGCUAAAACCUGUGGAUUCCACCUUAAAAACAUCGCCCGCCUCUGACCCUUUCUCACCCAGGCUGCUUCCAAGGAGCUUGUUCACGCCCUGGUAAUCUCUCGCAUGGAUUACUGUAAUUCUCUCUUAGUUGGUCUCCCCAAAAGCUGAACUGCCCCGCUACAAUCGGUAUUGAAUGCUGCUGCCAGACUGAUUUUUCUCACCCGUGGCCCCUCUGUCAAUUCUUACACUGGCUCCCUGUAUCCUAUAGGUGUCAAUUUAAAACGAGUUCUGUACAUGCUAAUGUCACUUUUCUGCACAUUCCUCUGCACAGGAUUGAGCGUCAGAGAGGUCCGCUAACACUCCAGUGAAUGGUCAGCAGUAUCAACUUCUGGCUUAUGCACCUCUACAGAAGCCAGAUGUCGGCACCCGGCUGGUACCCAUGUUACUGGGCAAACCGUUAUCUAAUGUUCAUUAUCUUAGAAACUGAGUUGGGGUACUCCUGGCAUUAUAACUACUACAGCUGGAUAUUCUAAGCACCAAAACAACUUUAGCCUAAUGAAGCUGUUUGGGUGUAUCGAUCAUGUCUCUGCAGUUUCAUUGCUCAAAUAUCUGACAUUUAGGAGUUAGGACCACUUUUUUAUUUCUGUUUAUGCAGCCCUAUAAACACCUUUCCUGGCUGUGACUCUCACAGCCUGCAUGGAAAAAGGUUUCAUUUUCAAUUUAGAUGUGACAGAACAAGUGUGUAUUUUUUUUAGACAUUUCAAUCUCCUGUUCUGUUAAUUUAACUUUAAGCACACAAAGGAGGCUAUUAACACAGCAGUCGAUAAGAAAUUCUAAAUUAAACAGACUGUGAAUAAAGGGGGUUUAAACAUUAGUUCUCAAUUUACAGAAAACGUGUAGAGCCAGGAGUAGGCAACUUGUGGCACUCCAGAUGUUGUGGAAUACAUCUCCCAUGAUGCUUUGGCAGUAUUAUGGCUGUAAGAGCAUUUUUGGAAACGUAGUCCUGGUAUAGGAAGACUGUGUAGGACACAUGCAGAGAGGCUCUAUGAACAAAGUGAUUUAACUCCUAAAUAACAAAAAAAUUGAGCCGUAAGAUUAUAGACGCAUGAUCUAUACACCAAAACCACUACAUUAAGCUAAAUGUGUUUUGGUGCUUAUAGUAUCCUUUUUAAGGAAACUGUAUAUUGGUGUACAUUGCAGAGCUUGACAAAUCCCAGGUCGCUAUGGUGACUAGAAAUUUUGUCCUGGCACGUGGUUAUUUAUCAGCGCGUUCAGUGGCUGCAGAAUCUGCUCUUAUGCACCCACAGCGGCCUGCUGAGGACGAAUGGAAUCAGGGAGGGAGCUCUAACUUUCCAGCUCUUAUGCUCUACUCCUUUGCUAGCCCUGCAGUGAUGCCCAGAGCCGGAUAUGAUGUUAAUCCGGACUUGGCAUCACUAAUCGGUCCGCGAAGGAUCAAAGCAAAAAGAGCUUAAAGAUUACAGCUCCUACACUGGACCCCAGGGAAAGGAUGCAAAGAUAGGGAGGCGGGUGGACUUAAAUUGAAUUAAAACAAUCAUUUGUGAGUGUGUCUGUUCAGGUGUUCGGCAGCCCGCCUAUCCCAUGGGAAAGAUGUUUUUAUUUCAGUUUUUCCACGCUGUGCCAGUCUUUCUGUGGCUGAUCGACUCCAUGACUGAGAUCAAUCUUGAUGAUCUCAGCCGAGCCAAUGCUUUCUUGUAGGAAAGCACUGGGAGGCUGUUGUGCAUGCGCUGCAAAAUACCACACUGUGCCAAUCAGCAUCUCCUCCUAGAAAUGCAGUGAAUCACCUUUAGUCACCUCUAGUGGAGCAAAAUACAAAUGGGAUAUGGCUGCAAAAUCUAAAAACCCAUAAAUAGGACAUGGUGCAAUACAAUUUUAACAGGUUAUAGGUCAGAGUGACUGUCAUUAGAGGUGUUACUAGGCAGCAACAUCAGAUAAUUACCUAUUGCAUUGGACUGUAUGUAUGAGAUGUGUAUAAUAGCCCCCACCUGCUUGGAGUAGGGUAACCUAGAUGGCCCCAGGGGAGCUCCUUGUUCUUCUGUAGUAAAGAUGUCUGCUACAAGACAGACAACUGCAGAUGUGACCUCUCCGCUUAGGAACAAAGGUGGCUCAGAAACUCCAUGAGGAGGUCUGGGAAUAUAAAUCUUGUUAAACAUCAUUUUAUUUUUUCUGAAGACCGUGUGAGUGAAAUCUGGAUUGUGGCAUAGCACCAGUUCCACAGUUAAUACUUUAUUUACCAUUAAGGGAUGAGUCCCAUUACAUGUUGUACAAUUUGGAAACAACCAGGUUUCCUCAACGGGUUAUUGCUUGUUUAUGGAUCAGGUGUUUUUCUGGAUGAUUUGCAUGUGGCUGAACCUAGGAUUUAACUGCAGACUAUUCGGUGAGCCCAUCAAUUCUGAUGGUUAUUGUCAAGGAUCUUAAAAAUAAAAAAAAAUAAAAAUAAAGAUUUGGUUUUGAACAUAUUGAACAGAUAAAUGCAAACACACCUGAGCUGCCAAAGGUUGCCUUCCACUGAGCUAUACCUAUUAUGCAUGACACUCGUAGCUAUGACUACCUGCUACACGUGGUGUUGAAUGUGGAUCCGCAUAACUGCACAAUAUCAUCAUUGGGGGGCUUGCGGCGUCAGAAUCUUUGCUAAAUGGUGAGUAAACAAUUGAUAUGACACCAGGCACCCAUAGAUUCCAUUCCAGGCAGCAGUGUCCCUUUUCCUGGCCAUUCGCUUGUAAGGUCUUUGGUGCAAAAUAUGCAAUCUUCUUAAUGAUUUGGCCAUCACAAAGGUAAAUGGCCACUGGAUUUUCUAAAAAACAAAACAAAAACAAAAAAAACCCAGCAUGCUUGAUAUUUGAGUUUCUUUAAAAAGUACAUUAUUUAAAUGUGUUGAUCUGUGCACUACACCAUCUAUGUGAGUAUUUAAGCCACUACGGUUUGGUUUGUGCGAUGAAUUGUUUUUAAUCUGUUUGAAAUAAGGAAAUAUAUUUACUGGCAACAGUAUCUUUUUGAUAAUGGUACUAAAUGUCUUAAAUGUGUAAAAAAUAAAUAAAUAAAAAAAAAUAAAAUAAAAAAAAAUAAUAAUUUAACAUUGUCUUUAAGGUUACCCUGUUAGUCCAGAAAUGUAAUGCAAAAUUAAGUUUUUUGAUGAUUCUUUUAAAGGACCACUAUCCCACUCCCGUGGCGCUGAAGGGGGGAGGAAGGGGUUAAUCCCCUCCCUCUUCUGACGUCCCUGGCUGCAUGCGCGGCAAGAGCCGCGCUGGCAUUCAGCCAGUCCAUAGAAAAGCAUUCUCAAUGCUUUCUCUGAAACUGCUAUGUUUACCUCAGAAAGGGUUAAUCAUAGAUGGACCUGGCACCCAGGCCACUUCAUUAAGCUGAAGUGGUCUGGGUGCCUAUAGUGGUCCUUUUAAUACUUUUUAUUUUUUUUUUAUUGGACUAAUACUUUUCAUUAAUUCCAAAAAAGGUAUUACAAGAAAAUACAAUAACCCCUGAUUUUUACAGAGCAGAAUUCAUAUACAUUUCUGUUGGCUAAGGUUAUUUUAUGUUACAUAUGAAAUAUUUUGCAAACUUAGCCAUUUAUGGAACUGCUCAGUUGGUUAUAUGAUAAAGUAAAUGGUGAGUAUAUUAAAAUAAAUGAAUCAAUAGUAAAGCCAUUCACUAACUGUAUGUUUUCUUAAAGCAUGCUGAGGUCUGACCUUUCUCAGGAAAUGGUUGUUUGGUUAGAAGGAUGGAAUGUGAAGGGAGUAAGGCAGAGGUGCUGGUACUGUCCUUGGUGAAAAAACAAAGCGUUAGAGUAGAGAUUGUAGCUGUGUUAAUCCAGUGAUGCAGAUGUAAAAUUACAGAUAAAGUUAGUAUCUUGAUAUACCUUUUUUAUUGAACUAAUUGAAUUUUGGAAUUACAAGCUUUCAGGGGAACCUCCCUUUCUCGAGUCUAAAGCAUUUCUGAGCAAAAAAAAAAAUGACACCAAAUUCAAAGUUGAGUUGUGAUAACCCCAUUAUUACAACUCAACUUUGAAUUCUAUGUGUAAUUUUUUCAUUUCUUACCUAAUGUGUUAUAAACUGUUCUCAAACGGUUUAACCCCAAAAGGGUCCCUCCAACCCUGGAUCUCUAGCCCCCCCAGUGAAACCCGGCUUCUAAAACUGAAUGUCUCAAAGCGUAGUGUGCCGCCGGGUAGGGGCGUUGCUGGCUACAGCAGUCAGCUGCCAACGAGGGCAAUGAAAAAGUGGUGCCCUUGCAGGUCUUGUGCAUGGUGAAUUUAUUUAAGUAACAAAUAAUGUUACAUACUACUGUUCAACAUUUUGACCGCCAGGAUUUUUAUCAAGCUCAAAAUAAACCAUGUCAAUGUAGUUAUGUUUAUAAGAAUAAUCAAAUAAUCUGCUAACCAGUAGUCUGUCGUGCAGAGAUUUCCAGCACCGAAAUGCAAAAUUGUAACAAAUUAAUCAUGUGAAGUGCAUAUGUGGUUGCGAAGGAGCAUGUAAACAUAAUCUAAAAAAAAACCAUACUGGUGCUUGCCGAUGUGAAAUAAAAUAUGUGUUGGUGCAACUGAGUGUUUUGAAUAAGAUCAUGAAAUGAAAAGUGUGAAAAUGUUAAAUGGGGUGUAUGAAUAGAGUGUCAGGAAUCUUACCUGAGUUGGGAGUCUGUAGCAUAGAUAUGUUGCUCACUCUUGCAAAUAGACACAGGCCAAGGUGGUCAGGUAAGAAUUCACCUGGCCUGCGAGUCUGUGCACGGGGGCUGUGCAGGAUGAAGUUCCAAGUCGCAGUACAGGCAAGGAUAUAAACAGCAGGAUAGUCAAGGGAAAGCUGAUGUCAAAGGAUGCCAGAGAUCAGGAUCAAGGAAGAGUAGCCAAAGUCAAGGGAGGUCAGAGUAAACGUUGUCAGAAGCCGGGGUCAAUAUGAAGUAGAAUAACAAAUAGACAAGAACACUGGAAUGGAACACACACAACUGGAUCAAAGACUUGAUCCAGUUCACAGGGCGAGGCUAAGUUUAACUACCCUGCGGAUAUGUGAUCAGGGUCAGGUGAAGCACAGCAAUUGUCAAGGUCCAUGUCUGGAUGUCAUGGUGAGAACCCUGACAUAGAGUGAGUUAAGUAGUGAAAAUAUGUGCAACAAUUAGGACUCCCCCUGCUGUUUAAUGCUCGCACCUGCCACAGCAGAAGAGGUCUCUACUCUGGUCUUCCCGCACAACGACCUGUUCAAUCAAUCCUUUUCUCCCUUAUUCACACUCCCUCUCACUAAAAUAUUUAAUCUCUUCCUCUCCUCUGGCAUAUUUCCUUCACCAUUCAUACAUACAACGGUAACCCCAUUUCUAAAAUAGCUAAGGUGCUGAUCUAUGCUAUCCUAUCUCUACUCGACUACUGCAAUCAGCUUUUCAGUGAUCUUACAUGUUUCAGACUUGCCUCAUUACAGUCUAAAAUGGCGUUGAGGCUCCUCUUCCAGUCUGCCCACACCUCCCAAGCAUUAUUCAUUUGUCAGUCCUUACUUUGACUUCCAAUAAGAUAUAGGGCUUAAUUUAAAUUUUUGGCCUACUCUUACAAAUCUCUACAUGACACUGUUCCUAUCUACCUUUCCUCACAAAUAGACAAGUAUGUCCUGUCUCACUUUUUUGUAAAGCAUUACAAUCAAACUGUUAAUAGCUUUUCCUCCCAGUGAAUGCUGUUCUAGCAACCUACAUUUCUACCCUACUCUUUUGUGUCACUGUACCCCACUCCCUCUUGCAUGUAAGGUCAUUUGAGACAGGCCCUCAGCCCAUCUGUUCCUGUGUGUCCAACUCGUCUGGUUACAAAUACUUGUCUGUAAGUCCACCCAUUGUACAGCGCUGCAGAAUUUGACGCUUUAUAAAUAAUAAUUCAACAAUAUAGGACAAUUUUGUACUUACCUGACAUCUGUCAGGUGAUACCUGGGUGCAUAUUUUGUAUUAUAAUAUUAUAUAAUAUACCUCUCCCCCCCACCCCACGCUGUUAUGUGACAGAAGUAGGACUUGGACGUAUUAACAGCAUUGAAUGUGGGAGUAUAGAAUUGCUCUAUAAUGUGUAAUAUGCAUUGCACAUUGCCAAUCGGUGUACAAUGUGUUGUAGUGUAGCUCUUUGUAUAUGAAGAUUUGAGCUUUAGGCUGUCUAGAAUCACAUGAAUUGCAGCCUGUUAUUUGAUCUGUUAUUUGUGGGAACUGAGUUUUUUUUUGGACAGAUCUUUCCUGAAAGACUGACAAAGAGCUUGUUGUUUUUGUUUGAAUAUCGAGUUUGCAGCACCAGUGGGAAAUGUAAACGGUGAAAUCCCACCAUACGGACGCAGUGUGCGGACAAAGGCCUUUUAGUUCACUUGUUCCUGCUAAAUGCCACAGCAGUGUAAAGUGGAAUAAAUAUGAAGAUGCAAACACAUGCAUCCUGAGAAAUUUUUUUUUCAAUACGGAGUUGCUUCAUUGGCAAUUGAAAUGGGUAUGUAACUGCAAUGUGAGAAUGUUUUUCAUUACUUUGUUAGCAAUUUAAAAUUUCAAUGCUAGAGAUGUGCACAACAUAUCACCGUACAGUUCAUUGGGCAUACAUCUGGAACUCUUCAUUAAAGGGACACUAUUUUAACUAUGGGAUUCGUGAUACAUGCCUAAUCGUUGCUAGGUCUAUUAUGACAGAUUCUCUUUUUUACAUUUUUUUUUUUUUUUUUUUUAAUAUAAACUGUUCAGAACAGAUAGGUACCUGAAUGGAUUCACAGCUUAACCAAGGUGGUACAGAGCUGGCAUUGGGAUCAUGGCGAUACGUACAUUGCCAGUAAGAUUUGUCUGAUAGACAAUUAGAUGUACUGGUAACAUCAGAGAAAGGUGAAUAGAAGCUACGUUUUGUACAUGAAAUGCUGCUUUAAACUCCCAAGUUGUUGGGAAAUGAAGCAAAAGCUGAUUUGGUUAGUUGAUACAAUGUAAUAAAAAGUGGUGAUAAACACCACCUAGAGAUUCCUAGAUAUAUUUUUCACCACCAUAAAAUAUAAUUUUCUGGAAAUUUAAACUCUAUUUUUAUACUUUUUCUUAUAAAUGAAAUGUUAAAAUACAAAUCCGGUCUUCGUACAGUUAUUUUUGUUUGCAAACUCUGUAUUUUGCUUGCCAGUCCCAAGACAAAUGUAUGGUUUUAAAUGCUGGUCAUCUUCAAUAUAGCAAUAAUGAAUCCUAUUGUUUGAUUUGAGAUCUUGGAGAACUGGGACACUUUGGUUGUCUGUUUUUAUAGUGCUUCUAGACAGGAUACUGAGUCAGGGUUGAAUAAUGAUGUGUUACAGAAAACUAAUUAGAAAUAUCUAUGAAAUAAUAACCUUCUUAAAUUCCAAAGUCUGUUAUUUAAUUUAGAUAAUUGGCAGUGGAGUUCCUUGAUUAUUGCUGUAAUUUUAAAUAUGGUGGUGUGUAUAUUAAGGGUCUAUUUUAUUUCCAUCUAUUAAUGGACUGUGAGAAGAGGGACCAUCUUUAAAGGGACACUAUUGUCACCAGAACAACUACAGCUUAUUGAAUUUGUUCUGGUGAGUAGAAUCAUUACCUUCAGGCUUUCUGCUGUAAACACUGUCUUUUCAGAGAAAAUGCAGUGUUUACAUUGUAGCCUAGUGAUAACUUCACUGGCCACUCCUCAGAUAGCUGUUAGAGAUCCUUCCUGGGUUAUGGCUGCCUAAACUGCAUCCAAACAUUCAGUAUCCCCUCCCUCUGCAUGCAGACACUGAAGUUUCCUCAUAGAGAUUCAUUGAUUCAAUUCAUCUCUAUGAUGGGAUGCUGAUUAACCAGGGCUGUGUUUGAAUCAUGCUGGAUCUGCCUCUCAUUCUCAGUCAAUCCUAUGGGGAAGCACUGUGAUUGGAUCAGGCCACCACUUCUGAUCAUGUCAGCAGACAGCUUGUUUUUCCUGAGGCAAACCACACGCAGAUCUACAGCUUCAGACUUGAAUACAGUAAAAUGUUGCUAUAUUUAUGGAGGCAUGAGGGGCCCUGGGGGGCUAAAUGGUGGUUUUAACACUAUAGGGUCAGGAAUGCAUGUUUGUGUUCCUGACCCUAUAGUGAUCCUUUAAAUAGCAUUAUGUAUAGCAGAAUCUAUACAUAGUUAGCUGUUUUACAAAUACAAUGUAAAGAUGCCUUUUAUCCAUUGUACUUCAACGAAAAGCUGCAUGUACCUUUCCUAGUGCCAUGUGGGUUUCCUCACAGCUGGCUCCACCCCCUAGACUGAGAUCAUCAAACUUAAUGAUCUCAGCCAAUCCAGCGUUUUUCCACAGGACAGGCUAUUGCGCAUGGGGUUUCUAAUGUUUAAUUUAGGAAGUAAGCAAAAAAAAAAAAUAUAGUUUUCCAUAGUCAGGGAAAUUAUCCAACAAGUUCUGUGUUUAUUGCAAAAUUUCCAGUAUCUUGUGAUGCUAGAACCUUUUCCGUUAAAGGAGCUGUAAUUAAACCUCCUAUGUGAAUUUUCUGACUAAGCCGUAUAUAAGUAUUAUCAUUCAUGGUAUCAUCUGUUCAGUAUGGAGCUAAACUAUAUACAUUAAGCUCUGAAUAAGCAAAUUGUAAUGUACUUAAAGGGAUACUAUAGUGACCGGAAUUCAAAGCCAUAUUCCUGGCUCUCCCUGCCUCUGCCCUCCGCCACACCACCCUACCCCCUCCUGCGCGUUAAGUAAAGGUCCCUUGGUGCUUCGAUGUUCCGUGAUGAGCAGGCAUGAAUGCGCAUUUGCCGCCCACACAUUAGACCUCUCCAUAGGAAAGUAUUUUAUUUAUUACUGGUAUUUAUAAAGCGCCAACAGAUUCCGCAUGGCUAAAUCAAUGUUUUCCUAUGUAUUGAUUCAAUGCUUUCCUAUGGGGAAAAAUCUGAUGCUGGAUGCCCACAUGCAGAGCGUGAGGAUGUCCAGCGUCAGAUAAUGGACCAAAGGUCUGUUUCAAUCCAGCCACUGGAGACAGACUUAGAGCUGCAAUGUAAACAUAAAAUCGCUGGUAAGACCACACCUUGAAUAUGCUGUGCAAUUUUGGGCACCUGUUCUAAAGAAGGAUAUCAUGGCACUAGAAAAAGUGCAGAGACGGGCUACAAAAUUGAUAAAAGGAAUGGAGCAUUUUAGUUACGAAGAAAGGUUAAAAAAUUUAAAUCUCUUUAAUUUGGAAAAAAGGCGCUUCAGAGGGGAUAUGAUAACAUUAUAUAAAUAUAUUUGGGGCCAGUACAAACCAUUAUCUGGAAAUCUAUUCAUAAACCGUGCUAUGCAUAGUACAUGAGGUCACACAUUUAGGCUGGAAGGAAGGAGAUUUCAUCUAAGGCAAAGAAAAUGUUAUUUUACAGUAAGAGCAAUAAGGAUAUGGAAUUAUCUGCCUGAAUAGGUGGUUUUUAUCAGUCCAUACAGAUGUUUAAACUGCAAUUGGAUAAAUACUUGCAAAAUCAUAACAUACAGGGAUAUAAUUUCUAAUUAGUGGGGUAAUAGCUGCUUGAUCCAAGGAGACAUCUGACUGCCAUUUUGGGGUCAAGAAGGAAUUUUUUCCUAGUUUGUUGCAAAAUUGGAAGCGCUUCAGACUAGGUUUUUUUUGUUGUUGUUUUUUUGCCUUCUUUUGGAUCAACAGCAAAAACAUAUGUGAUGAAGGCUGAACUUGAUGGAGGCAAGUCUCUUUUCAACUAUGUAACUAAGUGCAAAAGGGACACUGUACCCAGACAGGUACUGUCAAUGCGAAAACUGUGUACGAAUGUUAUGUCUUAUCACUAUCAUAAAUUUACAGGGACUUAUCUCCACCCAGUGUUGUGUUUUUUUUGUUUUUGUUUUAUCUUGCAUGAACAUAUAACUAACAAAUUACUUUGUGUACAUUUAUCAGAUUGCAGGGACGUGGUCUUUGCACCAAAACCACCACAUUAAUAUAUAGUUGUUUUGUGCUGCGUGUUCCUUUUAUAAACGGAGUAUUUUGUUUAGUAUUUCUAUGUUAAACCUUAUGGCAACUUCAACUUACUUAGCCUACCUUCUGAUAUGAGUGCUUACAGCACCCCACUUUCUGGCAUGUCUCUUUUUUUUAAUUUUUUUUUAAUUUUUUUAGUUAUUUAUUCUUUGAAUACAUGCUUUACAUGUAGGAGUGCUGUUCCUCCUUUAUUUAUUUAGUGAAACCAUUUUGUAACUGUUUUGUAAAACCCUGGCACUCUUUUAUAACGCCCCUUUUCAGCCUAACUCAUAAUGCGGAAGCUAUACUUCAUGUAAUGUGGAUGGCAGUGAUGGACUGCGUGCUAACUAGCUCUUAUAUUCUCAGCCAAUUAUUAGUGUAUUGGUUAUGGUGCAUUGUGUGCCCCUUUAACUUAUGUACUCAUUGAACUUCUUUAUUUUGAAUAGUUGUCAUGGAUUCUGUUCACCAAAUUGUAAUAAGAUAAGGCCAAUGUAUAGUUUAGCGCUACCUUUCCUAUCUUUUAUCAGCACCUUGUACAACUCCAAACACACCUUAGUUGUUUGUUUGCACUUUAUACGUUUCAACACAGGAGUUGAAAUUUCAGGUUCACAUGCUAUAAAUGGUACAUUGAAGCGUUUAUCUAAAUGGAAAAUAAAGCUGCAUUUGCACUGAACACAUCUUGUUACCAAAGUAUUGUUGUUUAUCUAAAUUUAAAUACAUAACAAAUGGCUGAAGGUCUAUUAUUUUACCCUUAACAAACGAAUAUGUAGAAUACGAUUGAUCUUUAAUCGGAAGAAGAUGCAGUACUUACAUAAGGCAAAACUAAAGCUGACAAAGGCCUGUGCAUCCGAUUCUGGGAUUUUGAAUCUAUACAUUAUAUGCAAACAAACCAAUAUUAAUACCGCACUCAGACACAUACAUAUAUCAACAAAUGAAAUAUUGUAGUAAUGCAACAUUGAUUUAUUGUUCAAUUGAUAUCUUAAGAGGAAUCCAGCUUACCAAAAAAGUCAAAACAAAUGGUGCCCAAUGAAAGCUCAAUAUACAGAAUGGUGCACAACCAGACAUUACAUUUGAUAAUAUGUACAACAGCUUAUCUUGCAAAAAGUUAAAUUCAUAUUGUGUACAAAACCUCCUACAUACACCCCUCCAUAAUAAGUGAUGAUCAGUAGUUCUACAGAGUCCGGUGGAUCCACCACAUAUGUGUAACUAUAUAGUUGUUAGACUCCACUCUGAUUAAUCAAUUGGUGCAUACUUGGCAGUCCGAUCAGACACAAAACAAAUAUUAGUUCUCGUGCUUAAAAGGAAAAAAAAGAGACAAAACCAACAAACAAAAAAAACAACAAAUAGGGCAAAUGGGGAAAAAAAAUCUCAAUCAGAUGGACCAUGUUGUGGAUGAAAAAUGGUUGGAUCAAACUAUAACUGUGAAUGUGGGUAUAGGGUGCAGAUCAGAGUUCAAUUAAAUGCUGGUAGAUAUAGCAGAGACCGGCGAGACUCCCUAUUUUCUCAGAUGAGGGUAAAAGCCUCUAGGUAGAUGGUGGUAUCCAGUCUCCAUCUCCUUGUCUAUAUAUUGUAAGUUUCAAAUUUUUUUUUUUUUUUUAAAGAAAAUUGCCAUUGUCUUUGUAAUUGCUUUAUUUUCUUUCAAUGUUAUUCACCUGCUAAUGUCAUUAAGGUGACACCAUGCAAAACAAAUCAUAAAUACGACCUGUAAUUAUAAAUUCCAGUGACACACUGUUCGUGCCUAGUUUUUAAGUUCCUCUUUGUUAGUCACUUAAUUAUUCUCUACAUCAUGACAAAGUAUUUUUUUGCUUGUCAGAGACACACUUGUGUUUCAUCUAGACCCUUUGAAAGAACAGUGCUUAUGGAGUAUGUUCAGGCAAAGCUCAUUUGUUAGGCAAAAUGUGCCAGUUUUGUCACCUUUAAUAUUUUGGGCAGAUUCUUUUCCUGUCUCUAGUGUCAAAGUAAGCCCUCAUUGCUGCGAUGUGGCAUAGCACAAUUUUUGGAAAUGACAGCUAGUUGAAACAAAAUGAGCUACACUGAAUCUUAUAAGGAGCUCAGAUUUAUUUAUUUAUUUUUGUCUCAACUGGUCCAGAUGAAAAAUGUUGUGAAAUGCUUAUUGAAAAAAGACAAGCUAUCUAAAGCAGUGGUCCGCGGACUGGCGCCGGUCCGCAAUAAUUUACAGUGUAGCGGUAUAGUCGGGUGAAAGCUUUCGUGGACCUGCAAUAAAUUGCCUCAAAAUAUUUCCCUGGUCAUAUGAUCAUAGCACCAGGAACUGUCUCCCUCUCCCCUGCUGGCUGUGCAGGACCAGAGGGUAGAUCAGAGAUUUCCCUCUCCGGCCCACUAGCACUGUAAUGCUGUAGCCGGCAGGGGAGGGAGAGCGAGAGAGAGCACCCGGGGUAAAGCUGGCAACGUUCCGAAUCUCGCAAGAGUGAUCUCUAGCAGCCCAUGAGGCUGCUAGAGUUCACUCUCACCACUUGGACGGCCAGGGCUUCUCCACCAGACCACUAGGGGUUGCAGGAAAUGUCCCCCCUCCUAGGCAAAGGUAAGCAGGGGAGUGGGGAUAUCAAAAUUAUUUUAUUUUUUAAUAAAAAAUACAUUCAAUCCCACAGAACCACAAUAAUUCUCCCCCAUACACACACUGAUAUAUAUAUAUAUAUAUCUCUCACGCGCGCACUUCAGCUCCUAAAGGCUAUAGGCCAUUAAUAAUACCUCUGAUGUAUGUAUCUACAGUUUAGUAUUUCUUUACCAUAUAAAAACUUAACAUUAUACAUUUUUGUUUCUAGAAUUUUCAAAAUUGAAUAAAACAUUUAAAUUGCUUAUAUUAGUGUUAACAUUUUUAAUUAUUUUCUGCUUUAAGGGUUUUUUUUUUCUUUUUAUUCAUUUUUUGUUUUUGUUUUUUUAUUGACUAUUUAGUAAAUUACAUCACAGUUUUUCACAGCUUACAAAUAUGUAUUUAAUAUCAGGAUAUAUAAACAUAAUAGUAAUAAUAAUCCUAGGAAUUUAUAGUUCUCCUUUAAUGAAUCGUUUAAAGACCAUAAGAAAAAAGUGAUUUGACACCCUCUUUAAAUAGCAAGUGAACAACAAUAUUGUUUUUUUUUUUUUUUUUUUUUUUCCAAUAAUUCCGUAUGGAACAAGCAGUGCUAAGGAAGCUAAAAGAAUCAUUAACUUUAAUCUGUGACUUCUACGAAAAAGUGCAAAUGAACACCAUGUGACGAAGUACAAGGCCAUGCCCUUUACCUAAGGGAGUGUCUUUUGGGUUUUAUUCAUUUGUGGUCAAGGCUGUGUCUUCAGCUGAAACUAUUAUUGGUCCCUUGUUUGCAGAUAAUGCAGAGCUCAAUAAGAAAGCCAUUUCCUCUGUGAAAAUACCACAGUGAGAAAAUAUAGCUGUGAGUGUAUUCUGUGCUGCAUAGAAGCAAGAACACUAAGGGCAGGUUUCCAGCGGAAGGAGCUGCUUCUCGUUUGUCUGUUUUUGAACGUUUACAGUGGUCUUUGUAUAAUGUGCAAUGUUUACACUGGACAGUGAUAAUGACUCUGAUUGUACAGAGGAUUCUGAGGAAGACCUGGCCUCUUCUCCCUCCAGCCUGUUGGUAAGUAACAGUGCCUGUAGUAACAAGGGAUACAGCAUUUAGUCCUAAAACAUCAUAUUGCAGAACAUCCUGAUAACUCUCUAAGUCUCAGCUGACAAAAUAGUUAGGUUGUCAAACAUCAUAGCAGUUGAUGUUGUUCUGCAGGUGCUGUGGAUCUAACUGCCGACCAGCCCUGCUGUGAUCUGCUUUGGUCCCUGUCAUUGUCUUUCAAAUUGUGGUCCUCUUUGGCAUCACUAUUAAUAUUUAAUGCUCAGCACGUUAUUACAUAAGUGUUUACUUCUUAUGGUUCCCUCAGUAAUUUAAGCCAUUGCUUGCCUGUGUUACUCGGAUUACAUCUCUGUACAACUUUAGGCUUAUACAAUUGUCACCACAGCUUGUCAUUGUAUAUAAGCCACCUUGUUUAAGUGCAGGUACAUGUAAACCAGGUACUGUGGUGUUUCUCAAGGUCCAGUUUAACGGUUUCAUGCUUGGAAACCUGCUGCAUCUAGCAUACUUUUUUUUUUUUUUUUUCACAUCACAAGCAAGUACACUUUUUCACUUUAUAACAUGUAUGACUUCUUGUGGGCUGUAGAUAAUGACAUUAACACAUCCUUGAUUUGUUGUGAUACAAGUAUGAUGUAUAUUUAUAUGCCAGGUCACUUAUUUUGUAUACAUUCAAAUUGUUAAAUGUGAAAAUGAGGAUGAUUUUUGCCAUAAAAUUAAUCCUUUAUUGUGCUGAAUGUAUAACUAUUCUUUUACUCCGUUAAGUGCAUAGUGUUGAAAAUGAAACCUAGCAUUGGCUCUGGCUGUUAUGUUUGAAUAUUAUUGUAGUAACCAUGUUUGUGCUUGCACGCCCUCACUUUACCUUACAGGGAUGCUGUAAUUUGAGUAGUUCUGGCUUGACAGGUCUGAUCAUACCUGACUGAAGCCUUACUCUGUUCCAUCGGAUGCUAAUGAAGUCUGUUAGCAAAGCAAACUUAUUUUACGGUUUCUAAUUGUUAGAAUAGGAUUGCACUCAUUGUGAAACUGAAAAUGUGCUUCAGUUUCACACUGAGUGGCAACUGCACCUUUUCCCAUCAGUUAACCGUGGUUGACUAGUUACAAUCUGCUUGUGUAUUAAAACUUCUAAAACAAACAAACAAAAAAAACUGGACAACAAUAUUGUGGAAAUGAUUGGAAAUCACAGGAAGUAUAAAAGUAUUGAAAGUGAUAUCGUCUGUUUGUUUAAAUUAUUUAAAGGCACCCUUCUAGUCACCAUAACAACUUCGUUGGAAUUAAGAGGACACCAUAGGCUCCCAGAACACUUAAUCUCAUUGAAGUGCUCUUGGUCCCCCUUAGUCCUGCAGGGGGGGACAAAUGGCAAUGUUUAUAUUGCAGGGUUAAGACUGCAUCUAAUGGCUGUCUACCAGAGACCCACUAGCAGUAUUUCCUGCUGUUUAACAGUUUGAUUCUGUGAAACGACGCUGGACAUCCUCAUAAUUUGCAUGAGUAUGUCCAACUUGCUCAAAAUCACCAUAGCACACCCUAUCCCAGGCUUUCUAUUAUAAACAUCAGAGAACAGGGGCACAGCUAAAUGUGUAGGGUAUAAACCCUAAAUGUAAGCCGGCUUCAAGAACAUCAUGGCACCACAAUUAAAGUCGCUUAGUUGUUAAGGGAACUGCUGGGCACCAGAAGUUGGUCUAUAUUUUGUGUAGCUCGAAUGUUCUAAAUAGUUCUCAACGGCAAUCACCCCAAAUUUUCAAACACAUUCUGUUCGAAUGGUUUUAUUCAUUAAAGGCUGGUCUGUUUGAAUCUAAGGACUAGUUUGAUGCCCACAUAUAAGAAUCAGUUGUGUAUAGGUUUAUGUAAAUCCGUUAAAGGACAUCUCAGUGGUUUUUCACCUCUGCAGUUAUCAGUUUUUGCAGCAAUUCAGUAUUUAUCCGUGUUUAUUCAUUAAAAGUCCAUACCAUAAAUUAUAUACACACGCCUGCAAUUCACACUUAUGUGCUACUGCAUGAUAUAUUUGUUACAUAUUCUGAUGCCAACUGUCAACUAAAAAGUAUUACAAAUAUUUGUAUUUUAAUGUAUUUAAUUUUUGGGGAAAGUAACAGUAAAGUUUAAUGCGUUUUUGUGCAUGGGCUUUCUGUUUCCAUUUAAAGGGACACCAUAGUCACCAAAUGAAGCAGUUUUGGUGUAUAGAUCAUGUCCCUGCAGUCUCAGUGCUCAAUUCUCUGCCAUUUAGGAGUUAAAGGACCACUAUAGUGCCAGGAAAACAAACUCUUUUUCCUGGCACUAUAGUGCCCUGAGGGUGCCCCCACCCUUAGGGUCCCCCUCCUGCCGGGCUGAAGUUGGAGGAAGGGGGUAAACACUUACCUUUUUCCAGCGCUGGGGAGCCGCGCGCGCAUUCAGCCAGUCCAUAGGAAAGCAUUCUCAAUUCUAUGGCGUCUUCUCACUGUGAAAAUCAAGGUGAGAAGCGCAGAAGCGCCUCUAGCAGCUGUCAAUGAGACAGACACUAGAGGCUGGAUUAACCCAUUUGUAAACAUAGCAGUUUCUCUGUUGGUGAAAGCCGUGACGUCGUUAAGGGGUUAAGCUCCUAAAUGGAUUGAGCAGUGAAGCCUGAGAGGCAUGAUCUCCACACCAAAACUGCUUCAUUAAGCUAAAGAUGUUUAGGUUACUAUAGUGUUCCUUUAAGCUUACUAGAUAGAGUAUGAUUGAUUUUAAUGUUUUUUUGUUUGUUGCGUAGAUGUAAAGAUUUCAGAUUUUCCCAUACUUUCUAGAAUGUUGUUGGAUUCUCUGCAACCUUGUUGAACUGCCUGUUUUGCUGCUUUGCAUGCCCUCGUUCACCUGUGUUAAUGUGAAGUCACAAGACUUCAGUUGCUCUAGAAUGCACUGGCUUUUAAAGUACUUGGUGGAAAUAUUGAUCUGCUUACUGUACUAGGAGUUCCGACACCAUACAUAAUAAUAGUAUUUUUGAGGGGGUUAGCUUUAUUUUUCCCUUCAGAUUAGAGGCAGUGCUUUACAACUGGGAUUUCAUCACCUGGAGGGGAAAAAACAGGCAGGCAAUCUCCCAAACUUUUCAAGAACCUCCCCAAUUAACCUUUGGCCUUAUAAAUUGCUUCCUACCCAAGACAUCCCCAGUUCUUUGCCUGCCUGCAGAGGAGGGUGUCAGGUUCAGGUUUUCUCCCUAGAAAAAUGGUGAGAGGGCCUAGGCUCUGGAGGCUCUACUUUUUUUUUAAAUAAAUUCUUUAUUUUUGCAGUGCAAAGAAAAAACAUAACAGCAGGCGUGAGGUGCCUCAAUAGCAUUCCUCAUGCUGAUUAUCAACAUUUUAAACAAUGGGGUUAUCAUAAAUCCGUGCACAUUUUUCAGUUAUUUAUGUCUAGAUUGUCCAUGUUUAAACAUUUCGCUGGGUAUACAAUUAAAAUGUGGUCCUAGUUUAGCUGACCAGGGCUAACGAAACCUUGGCGGCACAGUGCGUUAUAUAUCUUUUAUAGAGCAUUUCAUCUACUCACUGGCUUAUCUAGCUGAUCUAGGACACAUGAAUAAAUGUAACAUUGCUAACUACAGUAUAAAACAUUUAAAGAUCCCGCUACCCUGACUAGGCCCAGGAAAAGCAUUGAAAAGUAAUAAACAACUGGCUAAGCAUAGCAUGUUUUAGCUAAUAUAUAUGUGAUAAACAUGCUGUAACGUUUAGUUGCAUGUUUGAGUAAUACAACAUAAGUGUUAAUAAUGCCAGCGAGAAAUUAAAAUAACACAGUGUAGCCUUGAGUUUCAGUUGAGCAAGUAGUCUGAGUCUAUGGUCAAAAUGUUAGCCAAUUCCACAGUCCCGGCUCAGCAAGACACCAGCACCGCUGAUAGGUAAGGGGGAUUGUUAACACACCCAUAACUGUAAGGUACAUUUGUCAAGGUAAUACAUUAUACUAGUUAAACAGGCUAGUGCGGAUAGAUUAGUUAGCAUAAGGUACAUAGACUGCUAUCCAAGACAUGCUAUACUCUUGUGUCUGAAUCGUUGAUUACAAUCCCAUGACCUCUCGUGCAACUAUACAGGCCAGUGACUUCAGACUGAAAAUUGCUAGGGAGAUGUGCAUUAAGAACGUUAUACCACUGGGUUAUGGGCCUAGGCAUAGGAAACUGCGCACCUGAUUAAGUCAAAAUUAUAAGCAACUAAAUAGACAAAGCUUAUCUAGUACUUCCUCAUAGAGUAACAUGUUAAUUAGCAUAGGCUAUACUUAUGUGAGUAACUAAGGAAACACACAAUUAUUAAAACUUUGCUAAGUUUUAUGCGAUGAGGCUUAGGCCUGAUGUGACAUUUGCAAAUCUAACACCAGUUUUGGUAGAGGUUAUAACACUUGCAAUGAUUAGUAGGAGUCCAGGGUGAUGGGCACUGCAGUCGUCUGCUUGAGCAAUCAGCCCACGCCACAGGGUGGGAUGGCUGUGCAAGACACGAGAGCAACAUUUAUAUAUGAAAAAACAUGAACUUGAGAACAUGGCAUGCUCAUUUGUGUUGAGAAUAGAUCAUUUCCCUGGAGUUAACUAAAAUUGUAUAACAUAUGAAAUAACAGGCUAGGUAUCUAUCCGCAGGCUAUUAGUAGGUUUAGCCCCUGGAGCGCCUCUGGUUAUAUUAAAUGCUUGAGCUUGCCGGUCGGUGGAAAAACCUUUUUUUUUUUUUUUUUUUUCUUCUCACAUAUGUCCACUUGAACAAGGAAGUGCUCAGUUUUGAUUACUAUGGGUGUGUUCUUAAUUAGUUCAUAAACAUGCAGGUUUUUCUUGAAAUUAGUUUUGUUUUUAAUUGGGACUACUGGAACAUUCAAGCAAGUUAAAGUGCUGUAGGGAUCUGCAGUGUUCAUUUAAAGCAAUAUAACGUAGAGGGACAUUCUGAGAAAUACAGUUUAAUGUAGUAAUUCUAAAGCAAAAAGUUUUCAUUGCAGUUUCAGCAAUGCAAAGUCUGCCUUUUUGAAAAGACUCCAUGUUCCUAAGGCUUCCUUAUGGCCACAGCCAGCCAAUUGAGACACUCGCUGGUGCCAGUACAUCUCUGUGCUGAAAUGCUGAUGGUUUAUUGUGGAUCGCUGCAGUGACCAAAUUUCAUACAGAAAACAAUAGUUACAGCACACUCAGACUUCUAAAAAUAUAUAACUAAGAAGGCUACUAUAAAACGCCUAUCUAAGAGAAUAAAUAUGGGGAUUUAGUUCCACCAUAUGGCCACUUCAAUGCCAGACAGGGUCCAAGGUGAAUUAUUAGGCCUAUAUUCCCAUUUUCCAUUGCUUGUGGUAUCAGGUGUAUGACCCCUUACAAUGGCUUAUCUUCUCUCUCUGCAUUGGCCUUGGUUACAAGCGAUAUCUAUAGCAGCACUGCCAUAAAUUCCAACUUUGUGACGUUCAUAGAAGUACAGUUUUGGAUUGAAUGGGUCAGAGAGGGCAUAAUUCAGUUCUGCAUUAAUAGAGAGCAUGCUUUUUGUAUUACCAAAUUUUUUGGUGGUGGCCCUGCCUUUUUAUGGCAUUUGUCUAUUGUAAAGUACAAUUGAAAAUAAUCUUCAAAGGGAUGCUCUGGAUUGAAUAUUAUCUGUUGCUUACCUGGUGACAAAUCUAGUUUUGCUUUGUUUUUGUGGAUUAUGGUUUGCAAUGAGUAAAUAGUAGUUGUGCUGUGGGUCUAAUUAUAGGGUCAUACUUUUCUAUUCUUACUGUGUGCUCUAUAAAAAGUCACACAGCAGGAGGACAUGACUUCUGUCUAUUUUAAGUGGCAACUUCACUCUACUGUACUAGAUCAUAUGAUGCAGUACUUGCAGUAAAGCCAGACUUCUAUUCAAAAUAACAAAUCUGCAGGCGUAAUUUAACAAGCUGUUUAGAGGGAUAACUAUAGACCUACUGUAGAGAACUGUCAAGGUAAUUACACGAUUUGGGCUAUUUGUGCCUAACCUUUUUAGUUCUCCGUAUAGUUAACUCAAGUUUUGAGCAGUGGAUUUCAUUUAAAUCAAGUCAAUUUAAGUCAGUCCGUAUAACUUGAUUUAAAUCCUGAUUAUUUUUUUAUUUUUUUUUAAUCUUUUAAAUGUAAAUACCCCUUUGUCUGAUUGCAAAUAUUAAAAAACCAGCAAACAUGUCAUAUUUAGAAUAAUACCUUUUCAUAUUAGUUUAAUGGUAAGAUCAGAACUGAUUUUGUUACAUACUAUUUGAAAUACAUAGACAAUGAUGACAUUAUUGCAAGGUGAACUAUCUCCAAGCAGUCACAUGUCCACUUAUCUCAUUACCUUUUUUGUAGCAGGCAGAAGCUCUUGGUAUAAAGUCUGGGAAAUAGAAAAGGUGUAUGUAGCUAGUGUAGAAGGGAACAUGCUACAGUGUUAGAGAGACCAAAGUCAGCAUUAUCUAAACUAAUUUCAUUGUCAGUCCAUACAAGUUUUGUUCCUCUACAUCCCUCUUACGUUUCCAUAAUCAAGCAAGAGUAUGCAAAAAGUAGUUAGGGUUGCCACCUUUCUUGGGAAAAAAAAUACAGCCUUUACUUAUUUGCAUAAUAACAUUUGUAUGCAUGACAUCACAUGAUGUAAAUCACAAGGAGUGACAUAAGAGCUAAUUCUUUAAAAUCACCAAAAAACUACUUAGUUUGAUUCUACUGUAUAUAUGGAUUGCUCAGUGUCCUCAUGUCUCCCAGUCCUCUAAUCUCCCAGUGUCCCCGUGUCUUCCAGUAUCCCCUAGUCUCCCAGUCCUUUUAUGUGCCCUAGUGUUGAGUGUCCCCUGUGUAUCAGUGUCUCAAAGUCACCCAGUGUUCCCAUGUGUGUCUGCGUCCCCGUGUCUUCGAGUGUCCUCUAGUGUCUGUGUCCCCAUGUCUUUCAGUGUCCCUGUGAGACAUGGGGACACUGUGAGACAUUAGGGUAGGGGUAGGUAACUUUCAGCACUCCAGAUGUUGUGGACUUAGUCCCCAAUAAUGCUCUUACACCCAUAAUGCUGGCAAAGCCUCAUGGGAGGUGAGUCCAAAACAUCUGAAGUGCCGAAGAUUGCCUAUGUACUGCACUAGGGGACACUGUGAGACCUGGGGACACAGACACUGGGGGAGAGGUGGAAACUGUGUGACUUUAAGACACUGUGAUACAUAUGGGAAACUGAACCAUAGGGGACAAUGGAGAUUUGAUAAAGACCUGGGUACAGGUCGAAACCUUGCGGUGUCCAAUAAAUCUGCUUAAAUCUAUGACAGUGAGUGCCUGAGAUUUUUUAUUUUAUAGUAGGGGACACUGACACACUGGGAGACUAGGAAACCCUGAAACACUAGGGACACUGACCAGGUCUCAAAGUCUCUGUGUCUCCGUAUCCCCUAUUGUUUGUGUCCCCAUGUCACUAAGACACUGAGGACUCUGGGAGACAUGGAGACACUGACACUGGCUACACUGGCUGGGAGACAUGGGGACACUGAGCGAUUAGAGCUACUGGGAGACAUGGGGGCACUGUGUACCUAGUGUCUCUGUGUCCCUAGUCUGUGUCCCCAGGUCUCCCAGUUUCCCCUAGUGUCUCUGUGUCCCCAGGUCUCCCAGUUUCCCCUAGUGUGUCUGUGUCCCCAGGUCUCCCAGUUUCCCCUAGUGUGUCUGUGUCCCCAGGUCUCCCAGUUUCCCCUAGUGUCUCUGUGUCCCCAGGUCUCACAGUGUCCUCUUGUGUCUGUUGUCCCUCAUGUCUCCCUGCAGCCUUUCCCCCCAGCUCUCACUCACCUGAGCGAAAGGCUGUCUCUGCAGGCUGGGAGCUGCUGUCUGGACUCUCUGUGCAGAGCUGCUCCCCCGUGGAUCAGUGAGUAGAAAGCGGCAGGGAGGGAGAUGUAACUUCCUAUCCCUGCCUCUCUCCACACACACAGCGCCACCUACAUGCCUCUAAUCUCCGUUUAUACUAAGACUGACAUUUGUAUUGCCGGUAUUACUGCAAUACCGGCACCGGCUAGGCAGCCUCAAAUACCAGCCAAGAGUAGUUUGUAAAAAAUUUAUUUAAAAAUGUAAAAUUCUGAUUCUUGCUUUCAAAUCUCUACAUAAUACUGCUCCCACCUAUUUAUCCUCCGUAAUACACAAAUAUGUCCCGUCUAUUUAUCCUCCCACCUCUGCCCGUACUCCCACCUCUGCCCGUACUCCCACCUCUGCCCGUACUCCCGACUUCUCGAGGGCCACACCGUUCCUGUGGAACUCACUUCCCUCCUUCGUUAGCUUACCCAGUCUCCACUCCUUCUUCAAAAAAUCAUUAAAAACCCACUUCUUCAUUAAAGCUGAUCAAUUAAACAGUUAAUAGCUCCCGACUGAUUCCUCUCUUGCAACUGUCACUAGUCUAACACUAUCCUUACCUUUUUGUGUCAUUUUACCCCACUCCCUCUAGCAUGUAAGCUCAUUGAGCAGGGCCCUCAACCCCUCUGUUCCUGUGUGUCCAACUUGUCUGCUUACAACUACAUGUUUGUUCGUCCCAUUGCACAGCGCUAUGGAAUUUGUUGGCACUAUAUAAAUAACAUAAUAUUUGUGUAUAUAUAUAUAUAUAUAUAUAUAUAUAUAUAUAUGUGUGUAUGUAUAUAUAUAUUAAUGUUGAUGGUAUGCAGACUUUAUCUGUAAACUGUCAGAAUAUCCUAUGUAAGCAGAGGAAGCGUCUGCUUGUAGUUUGAUCCUGAAGAUUCAUGUUCUGAGUUAGCAAUUUUGACAAGUUUAUCUCAGAAUGCAGAAAUAGGAAGGAUGUGAAUAUCUCUUCUGUGGAUACAUUUGUACACAAGUCCAUUCUGACUGUAUAACUAUUAUCAUGGGUGUUAACCUAACUGCCUGAUGUUUACCUAAAAAAUUAAAUUGUUGUUUUCUCAACUUUAUUACCCUUUUAAAAAAAAUAUUUUAAAAAAAAUUGUACUUUUGUGUUUUGCGUUUGUCAGCCAUUCCAGCCAUGCUUUGUAUUCUGGGUUCUUCAAUUGGCGUUGCAUAUAAGACAUUAAAGUAACAAUCUUGGCACCAACACACUAGUGCAUCUGCUUGUUGCCUCACUCAUAUUAUCAUAGUUGAGUUGUUUUGUCCUCUCAGGCCUUAAUGGGACACUAUAAUCACCAGAACUACAUUAAUUUAGUUGUUCUGGUGUCUAUAGCCCUUCCCUGCAUGCAUUAUAAUGUAAACACUGCCUUUUCAGAGAAAAGGCAGUGUUUAUAUUGGUAUCUAGGAACACCACUAGUGGCGUUCACUCAUAUGGCUACUAGAAGUGCUUCUUGUGUCCGUUAUGCACAGUGUACAGCACUGGCGUUAAGCAUUUCCCCGCUCUAUAUGGAGGUGCUGAAUGUUCCCCAUAGAGAUGCAUUGAUUCAAUACAUCUCUGAGGACAUGCUGGUGCUAUAGCCUUCCAAUGCUUUCCUAUGAGAAAGCAUUCAAUAGGCUGAGAUCAUCAAGAUUGAUGAUCUUAACCAUGGAGGCGGACCCGGGCGGUGUCAAACAAUGCAGGUAAAAUCACCUUUUCUGCUGUUAAAACAGCAGCAUAUAAAAGAGUGCAGUUGGUAACGAUCCUUGGUGAAUGUGAAUAGGGUGUAAACACACUCACAUGUAAUGGAGCCACAAAAUAUAGGCUUACUUAAUGUGUAGUUGUGCCUUUCCAGGUAGCACCCCACCUGUCUUCUAGCUGAAGACGUGUCACUCAGAGAAAACACAGGAAUACCAUCAUAGGGUUAUAUGCCUGACAAAGUUUUAUAUCGAAUAUGGAUAUAAUAGAAAAUGGACGCUCACCUUAUUUAGAGCCUAUGGGUCCUUGGCUCUAAGGUUUAGCACCUAUUGUCAAUUUGUGGGUGACACUUCCCCAGCUGUUUAUCUUGAUCCUUGUUGUAAUAAAGUGCUGGCGACAGCGCUACAGAUAUUACAAUUAUUAUAACAAUCGAAAACAAAUAUAAAUUAAUAAAAGUGCACCUAAUAUAAAUACCUUGUGCAAAAACCGCCAAAAUUUGUUUCGCUGUGAUAGCUUCUUCAGUUACCUUAAAACAAUUUCUAAUCAGACCAAGCCAAUCUCUAAUGACAUUUAGUUGCCUUUAACAGCAAUGACCCAAUAACACUGGUUGGCCCUGAAUUGUUUCUAGAUGCGAGCUCUGGAGCAGUCUGCCACCUUGUGGAGUUAGAAUGAACAGUUUUGAAACUGGAAUUUUGCAGUAGCAAUGUUAUUAUUCCCUGCAAACUUAUUACACAACGUAAAGCGAAACAAAAAGGUCUGCUUUUAUUUUUCCUGUCCUGCUAUAAAUCACACUAAAGAUUUAUUUUUUUUCUUUGUUUAUUAUGAGAUUCGGAAAGUGCAUUUGUUCUGAAUGAUGGCUACAUUUUGAAUGUGUUUACAUCUAUAUUUAUGUUUCUAUAUGAACAGGGAAUCUGCUAUGUAAGAUAUGCACGUGUACUAUGUUUGAAUGGGAUAAUAAUACGUUCCUCUUCCUUUCUAGUCACAGACCAUGAAUUAUGUUGGGCAGCUUGCCGGGCAGGUCCUGGUUACCGUAAAGGAGCUGUACAAAGGCAUCAACCAGGCCACCCUGUCCGGGUGCAUUGACGUCAUCAUUGUACGACAACAGGAUGGCACCUACCUAUGCUCCCCUUUCCAUGUUCGAUUUGGUAAGCUUGGAGUUCUGCGCUCCAAGGAAAAAGUGGUAAGUAGUCUGGAAUGCAUUCUCAGUGAGUGCUUUUUCUCAAGAUGGGAUUUAUGUAUAAAGCAUUUCAGAUCUGCAAAAUAUAGAGACAAAUAUCUGAUUAAAAUUGCAUGCAUAAUAUUAGUUUAAAUGGAUAGUUUUAUAUUCAUCUGUCAAGACAGCAUGGUCUAAGGUCAACUUUAAGUAGUUUAUGUACAGCUAUACUUUAAGAAUACUUUAAAGAAUUCUCCUUAUGACUAUAGCCAGAUUAAGGUAGAGUAAUACGACCUUUAAAGGUACACUCCAGGCACCAAAUCAACUAAUCUACAUUGUUAUGGUGCCAGGAGUCACCCGGAGGCACUCUUACCUCAAGGGUUAAACCACAAAGUUUUCUCCAGCGUUGAUAUAAAUUUUUCCCCUCAGGCAGCGUCAGGCUUCAGAAAUUUCAGAUUCAGGAAGUGCUGAGUGCCGCCGGGCAGGAGCACCGCUGGUUGACUGUGAGCAGUCAGCUGACACUCUCAGCCAAUCAAUGACUCCCCAGUGCUGUCUUGCAAUGAAACGUUCCUUUCAGCUUUGCUUUAAGUUUGGCUACUCUCUGGCCUUAAAUGUAAAAAUCGCUUUUCUUUUCCACUUUAGUGAAUAACCGUAUGUAUGUUUUUGUACAUUUAUCUGGCAAUCUUAUUCCUCUCUCAUCCCCCAAACCUCAGUUCUCUGUAGUCCCCCUCUUUAUUGCUAAAUUCCAAAACCCUUGUUAAGUUAAGUUUCUUUCUUUUUUUUUUUUUUUCUUUGAAUGUUUUUCUUUGUAUUCGCAGUGUAUUAAAACUUUGACCUUCGUACCCAUCCCUUAGUGUGACCCAUCCCCGUACCGUGUCCUCUUUUUUCCCCUUGUGUCUCCUGUCUGUAUUUAAUUACAUUGCGUGUUAGGCCAAGCCUUGGUAAACGGAAAGUCUGCAAAUUCAGACUGCUAAAUUCUAGGCACUUUAAACAUUGAACAUUUAGUAAAUUCGUUUCAUAAAAUUUAAAGUGCUUCUAGCACUGUGUGUGUUCACAAAGAGGGUUUUAGGAACGGUUACUGGUAUAUCCAAAGCAUGGCAUUAAUUGAUUUCAUAUGGAUCCUGUAUCCAUUCAUGGUUGAGUAGUAUUCAUUAUGUUUUCAUUUUUUGUGUUUUGUUCUUUCCCCAAAUUCAUAGUUUCCGUUCUGUGUUCAUUCACCCACACACAAUUUGUAAGUACUUUGAUAUUCCCAGCAGGGUAACAAGUAACCAUUGUUUUCCUCCAGACUGCCUUGGUUGAUACAGUUAGUGUGUUCAAUAUUGCAAACGAAUUGGGUAUUAUUGCUAGAGGCAUCAAUCUGUUUUCAUUUGAAAAAGAAAGUUUUAUUUCCAUUUUAAACACUUGCAGUACACAAGCCAAGUAUGUGGUUUAUAAAAUCACAGGAUUUAAAAAUUGUCUGCCUUGUUUGAGUCUUGCGUUUAUAGUCUCUUAUGUAAUGUUGCUUAUCAUAUAUAUAUAUAUGUAAGCACUUACUAACACUUCUGCCCCUAUUUAGCAUGAAAAAGCGCACACAAAUAUCAAACUUCUUGUUUUACAGAUUGAUAUUGAAAUCAAUGGAGAGCCAGUUGAUUUGCACAUGAAACUCGGUGACAAUGGAGAAGCUUUUUUUGUACAGGAAACUGAUGAAGAAAAUGUGAGUGGCUCUCCUUACAAAUCUUCCUUAUUCAUCAAAGAGAUUUAUUUUAUACAGAACUUCCAGUUACCAGCUUAUAAGUGUAGGCCUAUGACAUGUGUAUUUGGCCCAGACAUUCAUUGGACUUCUUAGUGAUGCAAAUUAUACAUGUAUCAUUGUAGUUCGCAAAUCACAACUAGAUGACUUUUUCUCUUUAUAAAAAUGAAAAAUAACUAGAAAAUGAGAUCAUACACACGCCAGGAAUAGACUUUUAGUAGAACGUUUGGACAGAACCAUUGCUGACCUGUAAGGAAACAAUCAAUAAUACUCCUGCUGCUUCGCUUCAAUUAUUUAAAUUUUUGUUGUAACCUUAAAAGACCCCGCUGGAUCCUAUAAACCCUUUAUCUCAAUGAAGUUGUUAUGGAGUUUGGAAGUCCUGGGCACCAUCUUAUCUUAUGGGGUUAAACUUUUUUUGUGAAUGGUUAAAGCCUAAAGUUCUCUCCACGGCGCCCGUCCACUCUGCUUAGUCCGUCUCUGGCCCCUACAGAAGCUUUUUACUUGGGCCUCCCUUUGACAAAAAAAAGCUUUGGAAUGGUACAAACUUUACGUAAGUACCUUACUUUAAGGUAAGAUGGCAGCCAAGACCACCAGACCCUAUGACUUCUUUGAGAUUAAGUUGUGCUUGUAGUGGUCCACUCCUUUUUUUGGAAAUGUAGAGGAACACCGUGCUGGUGGUUUAGCAUGAAAUGAGCAUUAUUAGGACCUAAGUAUUAUCUCAGUAGUGUGUCACAAGAAGCUCAGGUAAGUGAAAAUAUUGCAUCUUGGUUUAACAAAGGGACACAGGCAAGAGGUCAUCACAUUGGAUAAAACAUGUUAGGCAGCAGGCAGGUCAGAAGAGAACCUCUAAUGAUCUACGCUGACUCAUAACAUCAAGCAGUGCCAAUUUGUCUUUCUGCCUUCUGUUAGUCACUUAAAAUGAAAAAAAAUAGGGAAUUGAUGGGGAACACCCAAAACUCGCAUUUCUCAGGUGUUGAGCUACUGUAAUGAUUACAGAUUAUGUUAACAGUGCACAAAAUAACACAUGUCCAUAUUGUGCUAAACCCAUCACUAUGUAACAGUACUCCAAUAUCACUGGGUCCUUUAAUAAUUUUACAAAUGGAGGGAAAAAAAUCAAGCUAACUGCAAUUCUUACUGCUUUAACUGCUUCCAGAGACUCUCAGCAAAUCUAUGCUUUCCUGUGCUAACCACCAAAGGAGCACCUUGAGUGGGCUUUAAAUGCCUGUAAGUGUAACUUCCACCAGUCCUUAUUAUGAAAAUAGUAUAUAUAUUUUUUUAUUAUUCUUUAUAAAUGCAUAUUUCCUGUUCUGGAUUUACAUUAAACUUCUGUUUUAUUUUUUUAUGGGUUAUUUUUCUAGGAAAAAGUCCCUGCACAUUUAGCUACCUCGCCCAUACCAACAGAUAAUCAAUUUUUCAUGAAUGUAAGUGUUCACUUGCCAAGCUCCAUUGGUGAGGAAAAGAAACAUUCUGUGUCUCCAAUGGCGGAAACAGAAACUGUAUCUACGCCGUCUGUGAAGAAGAAAAAACGUAGGAGAAAGAAAAUCAAACAUGAGAAGAAGGAAGACCUCCCUGUAGUUUCAGGAGUGGAGGAGAUCUUUGAUAUGGAUAUGAGCUCAGAUGAAGAAAGCUUAAUGCAAUCUCAAAGGUAUAAGCAAAGUAAUGCAUAUUCCUAUAAAUAAGGACAGUUUUGCAUGUAGUAUACCGGUUGUUGCUGGGCCAAGUACACUUAUUGAAGGUGGCUACAAUUCUUCCUUCUAAAGAAAUGUAGGCUUGCAGACCUUAUGUAAAAAUUGUAUAAAUAAAUAUACUAUUUGUAUGUUGAGAAAAUGCAUUUAAAGCAUUUUUUUUCAUGUGCAAAAUAUUUGCUUAUAUUUGUAUACCAUAUAUCAGCAUAUAAAAUGGUAUCAUUAUUUGAUAUUCUGCUAUAAUUAUGUAAUUUAAGUUUUUGGUAACAGUAUCUCUCGGUGAGCUUUUUUUUUUAUUUUUUAUUUAUUUUUAAAUACCGAAGUUGGUUUGCAUCUGUGGAUACAUAUAUAUAGAAUUCACAGGCAUAUGUUUGGGUAAGUCACUUAUAAAAUUAUUUAAAUGUACAGUGUUUAUCUAAAUAUGCUUUGUCCCUGUUGUUUAGUUUUAAGUCUCGGUUGAGCAUUAAUUUGUACCAAUAUGUAUUCGCUCAAUUGUUCUGCUGGUAUCAGAAAACGCUUGCAAUGUUUGCGUACGUAUACAAUUUUUUAAGGUUAUAAUUCUGUUUAGAGGAUGGGUUUUUAGAACUUGCAGUAAUGAUUUACUUAUAAAGCUGUUUUGGUAAGUGCUGCUAAUGAGGUGUUGCUUAUACUUCACACACAGAGUUAUUCAUGAAGGUGAGAAUUGCUGUGAAUUUCAAAGUCUAUUCAGUUCUGAGUUUGGCUCUUUUGGAUUUAAUUUUGCAAUUCACUUUAAAUACCCAUCAAUUCUCACCUUGGUGAAUAACCGUGCGUGAUAGUUAACUGAUUUGCAAUUACAUGUCUGAUGGUUGGACUGUGCAAUAUGUUCUGAUCGUCCUAGAUGGCGCUAUCUCCUAAAGAAUUGUCUAACACUACUAAGACGCACAUGAAAUGUGUAGACCCUUGUAAAUGUGUUUAGAAAGGUCAUAAUUUUAGGUUAAGGAAAAGAAUAUUAAUAUAAGCGGGUGCUAUUCUUGGAUGUUUUAAAAAGAGCAAUCACCAUGGAAACCAAGUGACAGUCUUACAACAUACAGCUAUAUAGAUAUAUAGACACUCUGGUGCCUGCAAAGCAUUCUCUGCAGCAUCAUGGCCAUAGGAAUUAUGUUUGGACCUUGUGCUUCAUAGCCAUAAUCUAUACUAUAUGUAGGUUACAAUUUUAUCUUUCUUGUGCUAUAAUGGUACUUGGUAAGGUGGUACUUUUCACUCUUCUGUGGUAAAUGUCUGAAUCCAUAGUAGAUAUCCAGUCAUACAGAGCAUAGAGGAGCCUCUGUUUGCACUACAGUGGCUCUUUUCCAGGGCAGUUCUAUGGCGCACCGACUGGGUACCUCUGCCAGACACGCUCCCUAGCUAUAGCCGGUCCACCAUCUGCGCUCUAGACCCUAGCUGCUGCAGCCUGGCUGGGGUCUCUCCAUCGCUUCCCACCCUGGAUGGAACAGGGUCCUGGAAACAGCUUCUUGUGAUUAAAGUGCUUCUGCAGAGAGUAUAGCUUUACCCCACAGACAUUAGCCAAGACUUAAUGCUUGGAGUGAACUGGUUUAAUGGGGCAUUGUACACACAAUUUAUACACAGACCCCCAUGCAGUUUAAUACAGACUCUUCCCCGGCAUCUGGGAGAUAAUUGUGUACUUAAACUAACUCUCUCCCAGGCAUAGAGGUACAAUGCACAAAACAUUAAAAACACCCCAAAACAUACACACUAUUACAAGGAACCCCCACAAGUCUUAUAUCCCCGGUUAGCCUGGAUCUGAGCGCCAAAAGUGUCCAAAUAGAGCUCAAAUCCCAUGAAUACAGCUGAAUCGCCACCGGGGUAAAGAUUUGACGGACUGCAUACGUGGUGCCUGCCUAAAAUAGUUCCAGAAGAAAAGUGGUAGCGGUCGGUCACUUCCGGGAGUCCCAAAACAAAUGAAUUACCAAACCGUUCCCCUGGCUCAUAGGUAGCGAUUAUUUGCCUACUUUGUGCAAACAAUCCUACCGAACAGUGCAGGAGUUGAUAUAGGUUCAGCGGUGUUUGCGAGUUAGUCUAUCCAAUUUUUAGUUCCAUGCACUCGAUGUCCAAACACCACUGCCUGCUUUCGUGCGAGAAGAUGGCCGCCAACUCAUUUCCCACGUGUUAGUUAAUGUGAAUAGUGGCCACCCAGCAGAACACUUGAAAUUACUAGGUGCGAACAGAUGAUUGAGGUAUAAAGAGGGGUCAACAGGGUUAACAAGCUCCAAGGUAGGCUGAGUCCAGGUAGGAAAUAAAAAGGAGAAAUUUGUGACUUUGUUCGGUUACCGUACCAUAAGGAAGAAACUAACUGAAAGAGUCUGAUCAGUAACGGGAUGGUCUAUUACAUGGCCCAUAGUCCUUGGGCAGGAGGCUAGCUAGCAGGAGCUUGUGGCAUAGUCACAUUUGCCACAAGAACGUGUAUACAACUCUUGUAGAAAACAAUGUUAAGUUAUUACUGAAGGAUACUGCCGACCGUCCCAGUUCUUGAUGUACUGUUCUUUUCAGGGUCCUUUACCAUCAUCCUGGGUUCCCUGGCAUCCCUUCCCACUGCGGAAGGUCUAAGCGCAAGGCGGAUGCAUCUUCAGGCGCAUUUCUGAAUGGUGUCCGUGCACCAAUGCUCUGUGCAUAGUUCUGUACAGAGUGGGACCGGUUUAGCAGGCUGUUUGUCAGCCUGGCAUGCAUUUCCAUCUGAUUUCUAUCCCCCUUCUUCAUUUACUAGAGUACUAGCAGAAACAGACAGAUGGCAGACCUGCUUCUCUGUGACCGACUGAAAUGGCAGAAUUUGUAGAGCUUCAGAUUUGAUAGAUACCAUAAGAAAUGACCAGUAACUUUGCUCAUGGAUUAUUAUUCCUUAUGAUUUAUAUUUUGCUUCACAUUUGUAAAAUAUUUUUUUAUGAGUUGAUUAUCAAGUAAAAUGAUUUGUUCCUGUACGUCCAGUUGUUUGGUUACAAUUACAUGUCUGUUAGUCCACCCAUUGUACAGCGCUACGGAAUCUGAUGGCGCUGUAUAAAAAAAAAAAUUAUAAUAUAUGGACAUGCAUUGAUUUUUGCCAGCUCACACCUGUCUGUAACAUCUAUGAUCCAACCUCUUCCCCUCCAGAUGUUGCUGAACUACAACUUCCAUGAUUUUUUAAAUUAAAUAGAUAGCCAGGGAAUCAUGGGAGCUUUAGUUCAGCAACUCAUUCAAUUCAUACGAUGAUGGAAGCCUUCUCCGGGCCAUUGGAAGAUUGCAGUUUUUUUUUUUUUAAUGUAAUCUGUAUUAUUUAUUAUUAUUAUUAUUAAAUAACCUAUGGCUUCCUGAAGCUUUGUUAACGCAUUGGGACUUUACAGGUAAAAUACAAGCAUGCGUGCAAGCAUGCUUGUCAGUUUUAGUUAAUAAAUCAUUCCUUUCUGAUUUACAGAACCCUUGUUUGUAUGCGGGUUUGUUAUUCCUAUAGUGCAUUUAAAAGCACCCUGCUGUCUGCAGCCUCAUUUGACAUGUUAUACAAGCACACUAGGUGUUUUGAUUUUUGUCAUUGCUAAAGGACUAACCGGUUUUAAAUCUGCAUACUCUUCUGUUUGUGCGAUUGGAAGUGGUUUGGUGUUGAUACUAUGCAUACAUGUCCUCUGUGAACAGACGCUUAGAAAAAUGUUUAUUGAAAAAUGUAUCCAAACAAUGUGGCUGGAGUUUCAUGAUUGCUAAACAUUUGAAUGUAUGUGACUGUCAGCAUGGGAUCUGUUAAUGUUAAAGUGAUUGUUGUAAUGUUGAUGGUACAUAUUGUAACCUGGUGGAGAUUUAAUGUGUGCUUGUACUGUCAAAACACAUCUGACAGUGCGCAUUCUUAAAACAGAGAGGUUCUGGGCAUCUGUGCUGCAAUGACCUGUGUGUCUCCGUACAAAUCUCUUCAGCUUUGCAGGGAAUUAGAGAUUCUGUCUGGGUUAUUCACUAAAGUGAUAAUUCAAAGUGAAUUUAAAAUUUACGGUUAAAAUAGCUUAAGUGGAUAAAGUUAGCAAUGAUUUCAGCUUCUCUGGCCUUAAAUUCACAGCUAUUUAAAACUACUUUAUUGUUAGAUGUCCCCAUCUUAAAGAUGUAUUUAUUUUCUUCUUCUUCUUGCAUCUCACAUGUCCCAUCUAAUUUUAGCAUCUAGGGUUCUGUAAGCAGGCCAGUGUUGAGACCUCUGCAUAUACAGCAUUCCUUUUCUAAGAUGUGUUUAAAACCCAUUCCAAGGACCAUCAUUGCCCUUUAACCUUUUCAUAUAUCUUAUCGUGAUUUCACCACCAGAAUGCAAUAAAAUGCAUGUGGAUUCUGCACAAGAAGAGGUGAUUAUUCUUAUCUGUGUUUAUGGGACCUUGAAGCCACCAAUAGUACAUACCUACUAAUUUAAAGGGACACUAUAGUCACCCAGACCACCUCAGCACAAUGAAGUGGUCUGGGUGCCAGAUCCCCCAGGUUUUAACCCUUCAGAUGUAAACAUAGCAGUUUCAGAUCAACUGCUAUGUUUACAUUGCAGGGUUAAUACAGCCUCUAGUGGCUGUCUUCCUGACAGCCGCUAGAGGCGCUUCUGUGGCGCUGGAUGCAAAAAUCGCAUUCAGCGUGCAGGAAAUCCAUAGGAAAGCCUUGAGAAAUGCUUUACUACGGAUUGUUUGAAUGUGCAUUCCGCUCCACUCUGGAGCUGCCGUCUGCGGGGGAGGAGAGAUUUUAACCCCUUCAGCCCAGCGGGAGGGGGACCAUAAGGGUGGGGGGGACCUAAGGGUUAUAUAGUGUCAGGAAAAUAAGUUUGUUUUCCUGACACUAUAGUCAGGGACGUUUUAGCCGCGAGGCAAACAAGACAUUUGCCUUGGGCGGCAUUUUCCAGGGGGCGGCAAAAAAGGCCGCCCCCAAAUGCCCAAGGCAAAUGUCUUGUUAGCCUUGCGGUUAAAACGUCCCUGACUAUAGUGUCAGGAAACUGACAUGCUGGGUGGCGCUGGCGAGGGAGCUCUUCCUCUGAGUGGUCUGCUCAGCUCCCAAGAGGCCGCCCGCAGAGUGAGGCUGGGAGCCGGAAUAUGACGUCAUAUUCCGGUUCCUGGCAUCACUCUGCGGCGUGCGAGGGAGCUGAGCAGACCGCUCAGGGGAAGUGCUCCCUCGCCAUCAGCCACCUGACCCCCAGGGAGAAAGAGAACCUGCCCCCCCCCCUGUCCCCGUCCCCCCAAGCAUUCCCAAAGGUAAGGAGGCUGGGGGGGGGUUAAAAUAAAAAAAAAAAGUGUUAAUGUGUAUGUCUGUUAGUGUAUGUCGGUUAGUGUGUGUAUGCCUGUUAGUGUGUGUUUGCCUGUGAGUGUGUGUGUCAGGGAGUAUGUGUGUGUUUCUGUUAGCUAGUGUAUGCGUAUCUGUCAGUGAAUGUGUGUGUUUAUUUAGAAGGCGGAGGGGAAGGGUUGGGGCGGCUUUGGGGAGCGCCUGAGUUUUGUCCUGCCUAGGGCAGCACAAAACCAGGAUGCACCACUGACUACAGUGAUCCUUUAAACUUUUGCACAAGAAGACAAUACACGAUACAUUUGUUUUAAAUGGACACUAUAGGCACCCAGACAAUUUUAACUUAGAGAAACUGCAAUGUUUACAUUGCAGGGUUAAUACAUGCUCUAGUGGCUGUCUACUAGAGGCGCUUCCUGGAUUCCCCCGGAGUUUAACUGUGUGAAAUGACAUUGGACGUCCUUACGCUUUGCAUUAAAACGUCCAGCAUCUUCAAAACCCCUGUAGGAAAACAUUGACUUAAUGCUUUCCUAUGGGGAAGGUCAAAUGUGCUUGUGGUGCAUGUGGAUUAGGUCCUCCAUUGGCCUGACCUCGGGACUGGAAUUAAGAAUUUAAAAAAAACUGGUAGAACAUUGUUUUUGCUUGGCAAUUCUGCUUUUUAUAUAUAUAAAAGGUUGCCUACCCCUGGCUUACGUGAAGAUAAGAAGGACCUACUAUGUUUUCCUGAAUGUAAAUAUAAAUAUAUAUAUAUAUAUUUACAUUCAGGAAAACAUAGUAGGUCCUUCUUAUCUUCACGUAAGCCAGGGGUAGGGAACCUUUGGCACUCAAGCAUCAGGGAAGAUGUAGUCCAACACCUGCUUACCCCUAGCACUUGUGUUUUAACAUUAAUGUACCCAAUAUAUUUUUGGCAAGAAAUUAGGAAUUAUCUGGCAAUCUAAAAGAGUGGUCACUAUUGGUCUAAUGACUUUGCAUCAUGGGUUGUUAAACAUGACCCUACUAGCGGGAAUGAAGGUACCUGUGUACCUAAUGAUGUGUCAGCAAUUAUUGCUGUUACUAUAAAAUACAAGUAGUUAUUUUUCUUGUAACUUUUUUCAUUUUACAAAAAAUUUACUUUCUUUUUUUUUUUCCCCUCUCAUUUUAAGGUCCCUAUUGAGCACAACACCCAAGGAAGAUGAAUACAGAGAAUCAUUUAUAUGUCACACAUCAGAUCAUUAUGCUCUCUCUGAUGGUGACUGGUCUCCACUGGAAAGGUAAGAACAUUUAGUCUCCUCAAUAAACAGAAUUUUGACUUGCCACAAUGAUUUGGAAAUUAAAAAUAAAUUAAAUAAAACUUAUAUAAACAUUUGUAGAGUAAUAUGCCUACGAACACACAAAAUGAAGUUAAACUCCCACUACUCCUGGGCAGUAGAAAUAACUACAGUAUUCAUCAACCCAAAUACUUAAAACAUAAACUUAAAAACAAAAUGUUACCUGCACUCUAUCCCAAAUCCACAUACAUGGUUUAAAUUACUGGAUUAAACCUUAAACCAGGUCAAUGUAGACUCUCGACAAGUCUUCUAUGCAGGAUCAGGAAACCUAUUCAACCGAACAUGAAUUUUUAUAGCUCCAAAUGUGAUCAAUAUUUUUAGUCCGCAAUAAAAAGAUAAACCCAGUGAUGUUUUAACUCUGAAUGGGGUCUUUGUCAAUGUUUAGUUGAAAAUAAUUGACUUCUGCUCCUCAGUGAAUUUUCCCAAUCCAUGGGGCCAAAGAGCGAUUCGGAGUUGGAAGUGAAGCCAGCAGAUAGCAUGCACAGGACAGAACCCCAUAUGGAGUGGACGUGGGGAGGUUUCCCUGAAUCCACCAAGGUGAAUAACGAUCUGUUUUCUUGUGUAUAAUGUUAUGGAAUUCUCAUUGUAACCUAUAUGAAAACAAACUGCAAGACUACCACACAGUAUUUUAUCCAAGUCUAUGAAGUGCUCACUCACAUUAGUAAUGUUUCUGUAAUACUGUACUUUUAAAACCAUUUCCUAAAAGAAUCGAACAUGUUUUUGUAAUGUUUUAAAGAUCUACAAGAAGGAAAAAAUAGAGCAUCCCAGAACAGCCACAAUCACCCCAUCUGAGAAUACACAUUUUAGAGUGAUCAGCUCUGAGGCCUUGACUGGGGUGGAUGACGAAGUUUCCAUGGAAGACUCGCUUUGCACUACUGUACUAAAGCCAGAGCCUCGUCCUUGUUCUAUCAACAUUCAAGUAGAUGGAGACCAGCCUUCUGACUCUACUCCCGAGAGCAAUCUCAGCUCCCCAUCAGUGCCAGAUGAACAGCUGCCUACAGAGUGUAUUGAUACAGUAUCUGAGCUGAAGCCUUUAUCAAAGUCAGACUCCCCGUCCAAGAAGAAAGGUUGGUAGCACUUAUAUGCAUCUACUUCUAAAAAAAAUAUUGCAUUUACAAGUAUCUGCUAAAAUAAAUUUUUCAUUUUCUUUUAAAUACAAACAGGUGUACGUAAAAGGAGCCAACAUCAGGGACCGGGUGAUAUUUAUUUGGAUGACCUAAAUGUUUUGGAACCAGACGUAGCUGCCCUCUAUUUUCCCAAAAGGUACAUCGCCUUUUAUCUAAAUUUUGUCAUUCUACUUGACGUUAUUUAGAGGAAAACUCCAAAAUAGCAGAACGUUUUGACUUCUUAAUCUGAGUCCAACAGACACCUCUCCCUACCUCUCAGAAGCCAGGAAAACUAUGAGCUGCUGCUUAGGAUCUUCUGUUGGCUCUCCAGAGCCAAGGCUUGCACCAUCAGUAUUAGACAGAGCGAUUACUGUAGGCUUUAGUGAACAACUUAAAUUGGCACUAUAGCCACUACAUCAUGCUAUGGGGGUGGGAGUGUUCCAUAAAAUCAAACUUUGAAGCAAAAAAAACAAAAACGGGGUGGAUUUUUUUUUUUGUGAUGAGGGUGAAUUUGUUUUUGUUUUUUUUUGUACCUUGUCCUCUGCCUAUUCUGCUGAUUGAUAGGUGCCUAAAAUGUUAUUUGCUAAAUAUUAUUGUUCUCAUAUUUAUUUGUAUAUUUAAGGAAAAUAUUGGUCAAUAAUUUCCCAUAAUCAUUAAAAUUUAGUGUCCUUUUAUUCUUCCUGCUAUGUUCACAUAUUAAUCAUAAAUACAGUGCAGGUUGAAAUUGGGAAUAACAUGGCACAAAUAUCUUUACAUGACCCAAAUCCCACAAUCGUGUAACCCAAAGGUUUUUUCCCAAACACAAUCUAAUGCAGUUAGUAACAAUCAUUCUGAUUUACAAUAUAUUAUUUCACCCUUCAAAUCAUAGAUAAGGUGGUUGUUGAAUAAAUAACAUAACCUAUAGCUCAAUCUAAAAUUCAUAUAUAUAAAUUUUUUUCCUUUUUUUUUCUUUUCUUUUAUUGACUACUUCAUUUUAGUUCUUGUUUUUUGUUUUUUAUUUAUGCUUGGGGAAUGUUAUUUAUUAUUUAUAUGAAUCCCUGGAUUAUCCCCUUUAUUUUUGUGUUUAUGUUUGCAUAUUGGAUAUGGUUGUAGUGAACAUUUGUGUCCCCUUCUAGUGAAUCCGAUACUGGUUCUAGGCAGUGGGUUGAGUCUGAAACCUUGUCUGGCUCACAGUCGCCUCAGUCCGUUGGCAGUGCAGCUGCUGACAGUGGUACCGAGUGCCUCUCUGAUUCGGCUAUGGACCUGCCUGAUGUUACACUUUCUCUUUGUGGAGGCCUCAGUGAAAAUGGAGAAAUCUCCAAAGGUGAGUGUUAGAACUGACAAUGGACAGUGCUUUCAAAGAAUAGCAUACUAAAUUCAUUGUGAUUUUAUUUUUUCUGCCUUUGGGGGCAGCUAUUAACUGCUUGAAUAUCUUCAAUGUUCUUCACUAAAAUACAUGUGCUGAUUGUAAAUGGAAUGGAAACCUCUCCAGGGGUCUAGAUUACAUCAUAGAAUUUGGCUACUGUAGUGACCUAACCCAGCUCUGUUAGGUAUGUAACAAUCGGGGAACAGCUGCAGUGUCGCAGAAGUGUGACUUUGUUACAAUAUGUGGCUCUAUUUUUACUUUUAAUGAGUAUUUUAGGAUUCCAUUACCAUUGAAUUAAAUAAUCCAGACUCAUCCUUCCCUUUGCAUAAAAUGACAAGUCCCUUGCUUCUGCACCUUAUUUUUUUGUCUAUUUUCGAAUAUUUAUUGGGGAGGGGGGGAGAAAGCCCCCCCCCCCAAAAAAAAGACUUAAUUUUGAUAGGUAGGAAUAACAAAAGAACAAGAGACUGUUACCUGUGACAGGAUGCGUUCUAUUCUUUUAGGACUACCCACUAGCAUAGUGUAAUUUUAUUAUUUAUUUUUCACCCACAGAAAAAUUUAAGGAGCAUAUCAUCACCUACCAACAGUUUUCUGAGAACCCUGGAAUUAUUGACAAUCCUAACCUAGUCGUACAGAUUUCCAACAGGUAAAAUGUUUUUAUUAUAUAGAUAUAUAUUUUUUAAUUUGUAUUAUUUCAUUAGCUGUGGAAUUUCAGUGGUGGAUAUUAAUGCAACAUUCGUAGCUAUGUUACAAUCACUGCAAAUUUUGUUAUUUCCAUUGUAUCUCCCUCUUUAAAUAGCUCUCUGACGCGUAUGAAUUUGUAUUCUGUUAGUUGGCGACAGUACAUGGCAUAUAUUUAGGUGAAUAUACCCUUCAUCUGCACACGUAAUAGAAUAGUCUUGUAUUGUCGCUUUCACAGCUAUUCUGGCCUACAUUUAAGGCAUUGAUAAUGCAUGUGAAAAAUCCGUUUUUAUUUUAUUUUUUUUAUAUACUUUUUUUUUUUUUUGCAUUUUUAACAGAAGUUUAAAGAAAUUACCAGAUUAGAAAACAGAACUUACACACUAUUUAAAAUCUCUUUUUUUUUUCCUCUGUAUUUUCUGACAAUACAGGCUUCAUGUGAUGUUUUAAUAUGAAUGUCUUUGAACUGUGAACGUCACAAGCAUUUCUUUAACAGGUAUUACAACUGGGUCUUGGCAGCACCUAUGAUCUUGAGCUUGCAAGUGUUUCAGAAAAACUUACCUAAGGUAAACAUAGAAUGUGGCGGCAAAUAAGAACCAUUCGGCCCAUUUAGUCUGCCCAGUUUUCUAAAGACUCUCAUUAGUCCCUGGCCUUAUCUUGUAUCUACGAUAGCCUUAUGCCUAUCCCACGCAUGCUUAAACUCCUUCACUGUAUUAACCUCUACCACUUCUGCUGGAAGGCUAUUCCAUGCAUCCACUACCCUCCAUGCGUCCGAUAAAGUAAUACUUCCUGAAAUAAUUUUUAAAGCUUUGCCCCUCUAAUUUAAGACUAUUAUCUCUUGUUGUGGUAGUUUUUCUUCUUUUAAAUAUAGUCUCCUCUUUAAGGUAAUGCUGAUACCACAAACACAAAUCUGAUAUUGCCUCGUGUUUUUUUAAUUCUAUAUAAAUAACCACAUAUUAUCUUGCAGAAUACCAUUGAAUCGUGGGUUAAAGAAAAAAUGCCAAAGAAAUCUGGAAGAUGGUGGUUCUGGCGAAAGAAGGAUAGCAUGGUAAAACAGGUAUAUGAAAGGAUAUAUAAUGAUGAAUAAUUAAACCUGAAGUUUUCAACCUAAGGGAAGUCACCCUUUGUCUUGUGUGGAACUACAGCUGUCAUAGUGGUUUGCCAGCCAGUAAACUUUAAAAGUAUUAUGGAGUUUUAGUUCAGCAAUGUGAUUGACAAAUACCCCAAACUAUUCUAAAAUAUGGAUUUUCACCUUCUUUUCCUGUGUCCAACUUGUCUUGUUAUGACAAUUUGUUUGUUAAUUCAACUGUUGUCCAGCAUUGCAGAACGUGUUGACGCUUUUAAAAUAAUAAAAAUAGUAGUGUCAAUUAUUUUAAAAAGUUGGCACGGUGCAUGCACAUAUGUAUUUUUUUUUUGUUGUUUGCAUGUGCAUUCACUUUGUUUAUUCUGUAUAUAUAUUUUAUGUAGACAUUCUAGAGUCAUUGUUUUAUCAACACUUUUAUGAAUUUUAAACUGUUGGGCUUUUUGAGAUCCACACAAAAAUAGAUAUUUUAAUUAAUGUCUCCAGCUUAUUAGGAUAUAAUCACAUAUAACAUUAUAUCUGAUAAAAUAUGUGCAUGGUUCUUAACUCUGUAGUUUGUUUUACUUUAAAGGACCACUCCACACGUCCAAACCCCCACCAAAAAAACCCACAGUUUAGAAGAUCUACCCCAAAUGAAUACAUGCAUGCAUAUUUUCACGUAUGUUUUCAUUGCAAAUAUAGUUUAAAAUCGCUUACAAAAGCUGCAGUUCUUAUGACUGCAGCCUUUGUAAGCCCCUCUCCUUUUUUCCUUGAAGAAACGAUCAGUCUCUUCACAAGGAAAUGACCAGAGGCUUCCCAUUGAGAAGCCUCUGACUUGGUUCGCACAUGCACCAGCAUGGCUAUUCGUGCACAAUGUUGCAUGCACGUAUACCAGACCGUGUGUGCACGCCAGUGCACCCAGUCACAUGUGCAGGGCUGAAGCUGUCAAGCUGGUCUACAGGUGUGUGGGGGAGGCAGACAGGCACACUCAAGUAGAGCGUGCCUGCUACUUCCGUUGGCUCAGGGGAGCUAACGGAAGUAGGAAGCAAUCCUCCCUGGCUGUUUGACAGCCAUAGGGGAGUUCCCUAGUUAAUUUAUAAAAGUACUAAUUUCUCGUAAAAACAUCACUUUUAUCAACUGGGGUUAAAUGAGGCUAUUCCUAACCCAUAAAGCACUUCAGCAAGCUGAAAUGCUUUUGGGGUGUGAAGUGGUCCUUUAAUGUCCUACUUUCUUUCUUAUCACAAAAUGUAUUUUUUUUUUUUUUUCUCUAACAGCCAGACACAAAAGAGGAGAAGCUGGAUGUCGAAUCAGGCAUUGAACAAACAUUGGAAAUAAAAGAUCAAUCAAAUAUACGGUAUGUUUAAGAGUGCUUGAUACAUUUUACAUUAUUAUACCAGAUAGCCAGUAGUGGUAUACUAGUAGUAGAUGUAACUCGGUUACAGUAAUAGAUAAUAGUAGUUUGUAGCUGAGAUCCAUAAUGAAUGGGCAGUAAUGGUAGAGUGAAUGAGUUUGCUGUAGUGGACACAUGAUAAAUAAUAUAAACAAUAUUUAGUUUUGGUUAGCGGACAGGCCAUUAAAGGCCGACUUAACUCUGGUAUUCCUUGAAGUAUUCUUUAGGACUUUGUACAUAUUAUCUUACUGGAAUAGUUCUAAUAAAUUGAUUUGGUAUUUAUCUAAAUAGUAUCAACAGUUUUACUUGAUUAUGGUUCUAAAAGUAUUUUACACAUAAAACAUGUGUUAAUUAUAUUCACUCCCGGUAUUUCAUCUUGGAAUAUGGCAUAUUUAUAAGGAAGAUGUGAUUGCACCAUAGGAUGCACUUUAUGCUUUGCAAUGACCUCAUAUUCCUAGGCCAAUCAUUAGGCGUGAUCAUUUCCCCCUGAAUUAUAUCCUCUAAAUCUAUUAUCAGUUUUGCAACAUAUAUUGUUCGUUUGGUCUUCUUCAAAAUAUAAAACCUACCUGAUGUAUAAAAUAAGAUUUAUGUGAAAAUAGAACUCCGGACCAUAUUAUUCUAUAUUUUGCACUGGUUAUGACCAUGGUUUGUUCUGCUGACGUCUUUAAAUUUUCCUUAAAAUGUUGGGUAGCGAAGCUCAUAGUGUAAAAUCUUUGUGAAUUUUCCAUUGAUCCUUGCCCAUGAAUUUCAUCUUGUAAGUACUGGUCUUCUUUGCUAGUACAGUUUAUUCAUGUUAAGCAUAAUAGGCUAACAUUUUGAGAGUUCUCUUUGACACCUUAAAAUGAUGAUGUUUUUGUUACCGAUGAAUCUUCACUGACUGUUUUCGUUGAACUCUUGUUGCUUUGAAACUCCUAUAUGAAAGUGCACAUUCUCAAACAUCUUGCAUAGAUGACACAUGCUACUAAUUGGCAAACUGCUUUAAAACAAAUUCUUUAUGUAGUUUUCUUUGUAUGUUUGUAAUUAUGACAAAGUUGAAUUUGUUUUUCAUGUAGUGGUUCCUUCAUUAUUCACUUAGAAGAAUCAUGAAAACAUAAUGAAUAGGAAAUUGGUGUAAUGUAGAUAAACGCUCCUCAACCCUUUCUCACCCAAGGCACACCAUAGCUCUUCCCAGAAUUGCAUGGCACACCACAAGCUAAAGUAUUUAUAUAUAAAAAAAAACAAUAAUUUAAACAAAAAUAGUAAUAAAGUGCAUGGACGCUGAACAGUGUCAGUUUGUCCCACAAAACAUUGCACAGUCAGUUUUCCCAUUAAAUAUAUGCCAAGCCAGAUACCAUUAAUAAAUACAACAGUUAGUGUGCCCCUUAAUAAAUAUAUUAGUGCGUUUUGUCCAUUAAUAAAUAUAUUGGUGCAUUUUGCCCAUUAAUAAAUACCUUGGUGUGUUUUGCCCAUUGAUAAAUAUCACAGGCAGUGUGUCCAUUGAUAAAUAUCACACUGAUGUACAGAGUCACACACAUUGCCUAAUGCAGACAUACAGUGAGGGGAAAAAAGUAUUUGAUCCCCUGCUUACUUUGAACGUUUACCCACUGACAAAGAAAUGAUCAGUCUAUAAUUUUAAUGGUAUGUAUAUUAAACUCAUAAUUCCAGAAAAAUGCAUGUCAAAAAAGUUAUUGAUUUGCAUGUCAAUGAGUGAAGUAAGUAUUUGACCCCUUUGACUUAGUACUUGGUGGCAAAACCCUUGUUGGCAAUCACAGAGGUCAGACGUUUCUUGUAGUUGGCCACCAGGUUUGCACAAAUCUCAGUAGGGGUUUUGUCCCACUUCUCUUUGCAGAUCCUCACCAAGUCUUUAAGGUUUCGAGGCUGACGUUUGGCAACUCUAACCUUCAGCUCCCUCCACAGAUUUUCUAUGGGAUUAUGGUCUGGAGACCGGCUAGGCCACUCCAGAACCUUAAUAUGCUUCUUCUUGAGCCACUCCUUUGUUGCCUUGGCUGUAUGUUUUGGGUCAUUGUCAUGCUAGAAUACCCAUCCACGACCCAUUUUUAAUGGCAUGGCUGAGGGAAGGAGGUUCUCACCAAAGAUUUGACAGUCCAUCGUCCUUUUGAUGCAGUGUAGUUGUCCUGUCCACUUUGCAGAAAAACACCCCCAAAACAUAAUGUUUCCACCUCCAUGUUUGACGAUGGGAAUGGUGUUCUUUGGGUUAUAGGCAACAUUCCUUCUCCUCCAGACACUGUGCAUUGAGUUGAUAUCAAAGAGCUCAAUUUUGGGCUCAUCUAACCACAACACUUUCACCCAGUUCUCCUCUGACUCAUACAGAUGUUCAUUUGCAAUCUUCAGACGGGCCUGUACAUGUGCUUUCUUGAGCAGUGGGACCUUGUGGGCGCUGCAGGAUUUCAGUCCUUCACAGCGUAGUAUGUUACCAACGAUUUUCUUGGUGACUAUGGUCCCAGCUGCCUUGAGAUCAUUAACAAGAUGCUCCCGUGUAGUUCUGGGCUGAUUCCUCACCGUUCUCAUGAUCAUUGAAACUCCACGAGGUGAGAUCUUGCAUGGAGCACCAGACCGAGGGAGACUGACAUUUAUUUUGUGUUUCUUCCAUUUGCGAAUAAUCGCACCAACAGUUGUCACAUUGUCACCAAGCUGCUUGUCGAUGGACUUGCAGCCUAUAUCAGCCUUGUGUAGGCCUACAAUCUUGUUCCAGACUUCCUAGGACAUCUCUGUGGAGAGUUUGGAAUCAGAUUGAAUGCUUCUGUGGACAGGUGUCUUUUAUUCAGGUAACGAUGGGGAGAUUAGGAGCAGUCCUUUUAAGAGAGUGCUCCUAAUCUCAACUCAUUACCUGGAUAAAAGACACCAGGGAGCCUGAAAUCUUGUUGAUUGAUAAGGGAUCAAAUACUCAUUUUACUCAUUGACAUGCAAAUCAAUUUAUAACUUUUUUGCCAUGUGUUUUUCUGAAUUUGUUGUCUGUCUUUCACUGUUAAAAUACACCUACCAUUACAUUUAUAGACUGGUCAUUUCUUUGUCAGUGGGCAAACAUUCAAAUUCCGCAAGGGUUCAAAAACUUUUUUUCCCCUCACUAUACAGUCACGAUGUGUAUUGGUCUGUAUGUAUUUGUGAAUAUGUGUGGCAUUGUUUAACUGUGUAUGUGCAUGCGAGUGUGUGUCUGACAAUGUCAGUGUGUGAAUGUACAUCUCUGUGCGCUUGUGUUUGUAUGUGGGGUAGUUGCUUGCAGUGUUGUGUGUGUGUGUGUGUGUGUGUGUGUAUAGGUGCCGCUUUUGUGCAUUGUGUUAAUGGCAAAGCCAUGUUUUAUGGCUAUGUAUGUAUGGUGGUGACUGAUUGGGUGGGUAAAGCGGUAACAGUGGCAAGGUGAGUGACCGGGCAAGAGGAAUAAAUGAGAUGGGGUUUUGUGACAGGGCAAGGCAUGGAAAGUGUUACAGGGUUAGGGGGGUUAAUGUGACAGUGGUGUGGCAUGGUUUGUGAAUGAGUCGUACAGACUUGUGUUUAUUGUGGCAUGGUUGGAGGAGGGAGUGAGACAGGGCAAUGGCUGAUAAAUGUGACAGGAUUUGUGUGGCGUGGUUAUGGGGGAUGAGUGUGACAUGAUUUGGUGGGGUUAUUGUGAUAUGGUGAAGGGGGUGCGAGUAUGAAAGGAUUGGGAGUAAGUGACAGAAUUAGGGGGUGAGUGUGAUACGGGAGUGUGGCAUGGUUAGAGCAGGGGAGUGAGAGUGGUGGAGGGAGAAGGGGACUGACAGUAUAUGUGGGGGUGACAGUGUUUUGGGGAUGACAAUAUGACCAGUCUCCACACACUCUACUUUUAUUUUAUUUCCUGAUUGUAAUGCGCUCCUUUUAAUGAUGUUUGUUUUAACUGAAAAGUAAACUGUCUGUUCCUCUGAGCGUUUAAAUUUUUUAAUUUUUUGUUUUGUUUUGUUUUCUAAUUCUUUCUUGGAGAAAGCUCACAUAGCAAUCCUGUUUGCUAGCCAGAAGUUCUCUCAUUGCCAUGUUUGGAAACCUGUAACAAGCUCCAUGUUAGCAUCUAUUUGGCUGGCAGUAAUCACUAAGUAGCUCAAUAACCUCACUCCAUUGGGAAAUGAUGUGUCUUACAAUAGAUAAACAGUGACUUCGAAUGAAAGCAUUUUAAUUAAGCCUGCUUUGUGUUACUGUUUGACAUAUUAAGUUUAAGUAACAACUUCAGCAUGUCAAAAGCUAUUGUAUGUUUAUGACCAUACACGAUGUAGAAAUAUUAAAGAAGUCCUUCUAAGAAACAUCACUUAAAUAAAAUUUCAGUGUCCAUUUUAUUAUAUACCACAGAGCUUCGAAACUCUACAAAGGAUGGAGUGCGAUGUGUAGAACAGCUCUGGACUUUGCACUAGUUAGAAUGUUGAAUAAUAGUCGGUGCAUAAUAGGACUUUGAUCAGGGGUUUUCUGGGGGAUAAUUACUCUCUACAAGAAAUGAUUAACCUGCAAAAAACAAGUAAUUCCUAAAUGUAAAUCAAGUCACAUACCCCCUACAGAUUCAAUACUUUUCCGAUGCGUAAUAUGUCACACUAGUUGCUUAGCUAGAUUACCCAUUAAUUAGUUAUUUUGCAUUUUAUUUUAAAUUUAAUUUAAUGACCACGUAUAUUCUACCAUAUCAUUUAUGAUUUCUUUUGGGAGGAUUGCAGUGGUGUAACAACUUGAAGGGCAAUAAAUGGUGAGGAUAGGUUUGUGCUUGCGGACAUUGCAGAGCUAAUAAUAAGAAUUAUGUUGUCUUAUGGUUAUUCUGCCAAAGAAAAUUAUAUACGUGGCCAUCUCUGUUAUGAGGGCAGUUACAGCAGGGAGGAAACCACACUGAAUCCUAAGUAUUUUUCACAUCCCAAUGGUAUUUCUUUCCAUACCACAUUUAAUAACAGAAAAUAAUUUUUUAUUUUUUUUUAAAUAAAAAGUGCCUCUAAAUAUCUUUUCUUAGGAUGCUGCUUAAGUAAAAACUGCGUGAAUCUCUCCUCAAACUCUUUAUUUGAAUUUGUGGUUUCUUAUUUAAUUUGCACUUUUAUAACUAUGCAAACAAUUUUAAUCACAUUAAAAAAAAAUAAACAAAAAAAACAGUUCUAAUAUAGAAAAAAAUAAUUUCUAUAUCAUCACUUAAAGGACAACUGUCACAAUUUUCACUUCUCAUGUUUAACGUUUAUUACAUUUAGUAAAAUGUAAUCAUGCUUUUUUUUUACUUUUUUUUUUUUUUUUUAUCUGGUUGUGAAGCCAUGUUGGGUCAGACUGUACUGUUAGCUGACCAACUGCUUGCCUGCUCCUGUGAAUGCUCUGUGUGAACCUACAAUAGCAGGUAAGUUAGCAGCAGGUGGUUAGAUAACUGUAAACUUUGACCCAACAUCGCUGCACAGUCAGAUGAUAAAACAAAAUGGGAAAAUAUUUCUCAAAAAAAAUCUGUGUCUUAGUUUAAAAAAUAUAUCAUUAUUUAGUUAAAUGUAAUAAACACUUGAAAAUUCACAAGUGAAAAUUUUAUGACAGUUGUCCUUUAAAGAUAACAGAUUAGAUUAUGUUGGAUAACCAAAUUAGAGUGAAAUAAAUUUCAUAAAAUUUUUUUUUUUAUAAAAAAAUCAAUAACAAAUAAUUAACUACUAUAUGAAUGUUUUUAUUGAUAGGUUACCUGCCAACGACAAUUCAAGUGAUGAGGAAUCAUUGGAAUUGGAGCAAAUAAAAAAUGAAUCUGUUCCAGUAGAAUAUCAAAGCCAUGGAUAUAACACAUCAUACCGCAAAACACUGCGACUCUCUUCGGACAAAAUAGUAUGUUCUGACUUUUGUUUUGUUUUUUUGCUUUACCACCCCUUUCUCACAUUACACCGAAUUAAAGGAACACACUCCAAGCACUGUAACCACUACAGAGCGCUCUAGUUGUUAUGAUUCCAGGAUUGCACUCAAACUCCGUUAUUAGUCAAACCAUGUGGAAAUGUUUGACAAGUUACCUGGCGUCUGUCAGUCACAGCUUCCAGGAAAGCAGAAGCUUUUGUUUGUUACCCUCAGCUAAACCUUGCAGUGCGUGGGACAGCACAUUGGUACUUGGUUUUAAUUACAAAUUAUAAACUAUAUAAAGAAAAAAAUACAACAUGCUGUAGUAUCUGAGGAAAGGCAGAAAAUAUCAAUACAUCAACUUGAUCCAUUUCAAUCCCAAAUAUGCCAUUGUAAUAAACAAAAAUAUUUUUUGCUGAUUUAAAUGAAGUAGCCUUGGUCAUACAUAAUCAUUGGAUAAUGGCUAUAGUUUGACAUCUGGUAGUCCCACUGGGCCAGCCACUGAGGACAUAUUGUACCUUGAAUAUUAAUGUUUCCUAGCCUCACUACUGCUAGUUGGGGGAUUGGAAUUCAGCUACUCCAUUUGGUUGUGUGUAGCCAUAUUUUCUCCAUCUAAAAGAUUGCAUAUAGCAUGCAGGCCGACUGGUCAGCAUCUUUCAGAUACCUUCUAUUAUCUCUCUUUGGGAGCAGAAAGGGAAACUGGCAAAGUGGAGAAAAUAUUUUGCUGGCUCCUACUUGCGACGGCCUGAUUAUCAAUGGUGCCAAGCUUAAAUCACCAAUACAUGUCUUGUUCCUUCCAGACUGCAAAAUACAAAAUAAAAAAAGUUUCUAUCUUUUAUGAGACAUAAUAUUUAUGACAUGAGAGAGGGAAAAAUGUGCUUUGUAUGUUAAACACAUUUUGGAAAAAAAGGAGUUAGCUGGAUGUAUCAAUGCUAAUCUGUAACAUGUGUACAUGUGUACCUGUCAGUUUUCAACUGUCUUAUCAUCAGUAUGCAGUUUCUCAUAAGCACGUUCUGGAACUUCAGAUCACCUGUCCUGCGUUUAAAGAGCUGCUACACACAAGCUCUGAAAAUGUACUUUCUCUUCUUCGAAUUAAAGUUAUACAUUGAACAUUUUAAGCUGAUAAAUACAUUAAUAGCAGAUUUGGAUGAAUUUCCAUGUCUAUAAGAAUCCAACUAUAAUUGUAAUGUGUGGCAAUGGAAAAUCCAACACUGUGGUAUUUUGAAUAGUAUUCCCUAUUGUAUGUGCACAUUUCCUUUUUAAUAAACUACUGGACAUCCAUGGGACCAGGUUAGGAUUAGCACCAGUUCUAUGAGAAUCUAUUCUGUCUAUUCACAGGAUUCUAGAUUUAACAAAAUUUGCGUUCACUGCCUCUUUAGAACUAUCAAGAACACAAUAUUCUCACGUGUCCAGAUGGUGAGUCAGUGACACUGUAAUGUUCCAUUUCUACAGAACAUAUUUUAUUUUUAUAAAUAGAUCAUUGAAUUCCAUAGUGUGUAAUUCAAACCAUGCUUUGUGCUGGAUGCAGUCCAUUCUAAAUCUCUUCCAUCUGAGUCCUUUAAAUGGACAAUCCAGCCGCAAGUAGCGAGCCUCAUAGAUAACAUCCUGAUAUGUUUAAUUGUUUUUGUAAGAUAAAUAGUGACAUACAAGCCUGGAAACUUGCAAGUACGUUUAAGUAGUAGGUUUUUUUCUUCUUUCCGUUUAGGAUACUGAAGGAAUUAAUGAAGGAGAAGAGCUUGCAUUUAAUGGAAUUCCAUUCAGUUUAUUGUCAUUCAUUUAUUUACAUACAAAACUGUACAGCAUUGUCUGCCAUUACAAUGGCUGUAGUAUGUGUCCCAUAAACACCUUUUCCAUAAAAGACCUUUUUAUGAUUCAGCAAUCCCACUAAAAAGUGUGAAGACCAGAGGUCUCUGCAACUGUCACUGCAAAGCUGUCAAUCUGAAUAUUUGUUGUAAAUGAGUUAUUACAAUAUUGUUUGGAUGAAUUUUAAAAUGUUCCAUCUUUAAAAUGAGUUUAAAAAAAAAUAGCAUUACCAUUCUUGGGUGUCUUUAUGAAUUCUUCCACCUGUUGGAAAAAGCUUUGGACAUGUUUUUUCCUCUAGCUGUUUUGCUAUAGAUACUCUCAGAUUUGGGGAAAUAAUUACUCCUGGAAUAGUCACAAAGAUCUUGUUUGUGCUUGUACACGUUGAGAAAACCUCAAAAGAGGUCUGAUUAUACUGCCGGCUGUUGCAGAGGGGGUUCUAAAACUCAGACAGUUUACUCUAUACUUGAUGAUAGAUACAUGUAUAUUGGUUCAUAGGACUAGCUCUCUGAUAAACCUCAAACAGAUGUAUAAUUUGCUGAGUAUCCAGGUUUGUUUUGAUAGAAAAAACAAAAAUAAAAAGUCUGUGUAAGUGAUUAAGCCGAGUCAUUUCAGUCUACAGCAUAUCUCAUAGUGAGUCACUGCAUUGUGGUCAAAACUGUCUUAAAUAAUAUGAUUCAAAGUAUCCUCUUACUUCAGGGUUGGGCAGCCCUGUCUGAGGUCAUUAAUCUAUUUUGAAAGUACUACGGAGUAUUGGCUAUAAGGUUUUUGUAUGUCUGGCUUGGUGGUUCCUGCUUCAACAGAACCUAGAAAUACAUUGGAUUUGUGUGUGUGUAUGUGUGUGUGUCCUUAACCCAAACUUUUUACAAACAAACUAAAAGGUAUCUUGAUUAACGCCUUAAAUUGGCAAAUGAUUCCUUUAUAACUAGCCCACUGUAGUGUUUAUGAUGCCCUUUUACCCGGUGGCAAACCGUUUUGCAAUGAUUUGCCUUCUUAGUUGGGUCCCUCCAAGCACUGAGUCUCUUUAGCAUUGUAGAAUGCCUGGCAAUGUGAAUCCAGCUUCAGAAGCUGAGUAAUAAUGCCCAUGGUCAUUCAUUAGCUGAUAGUGUCAACUGAAUCCUCUAAUUCGGCUAGGGAAUCACUCUCUUUAUUUAUUAGAUCAUAAAAAACAAAAAUAGGGAGCUGUUACCCUCUUUAAAAAGAGUCACUUAGGUUGCAUGUGCUUUUAGGUGUAAAAAGCACUGUUAGUGUGAUUGGACACAUCCAGUUUUACUGAGAUAUAUGCUAGUCAGUCACAACAUUAAAACCACUGACAAGUGAAGUGAAACACGUUAAUUAUAGCAUUACAAAGUCCCCUGUCAAGGGGUGGGAUAUAUUGGGCAGCAAGUGAACAGUCCGUUCUUUAAUUUCAUAUGUUUGGAGCUGUGAAAAGAUCUGAGUGACUUGGACAAGGGUAAAUAGUGAGGGCUAAAAAAUUGGGUUAGAGCAUCUCUCAAAAACGGCAACGCUUGUGGGUUGUUCUCCAGUAUGCAUUGGUUAGUACCUACCAAAAGUGGUGCAAGGAAGGUCAACUGGUGAACUGGCGUCGGGAUCAUGGGUUCCCAUGGCUCACUGAUGCAUGUGGAGAGCGAAGUCAAGCCAGCCUGGUCUGAUCUCACAGAAUAGCUACUGUAGCUCAAAUUGCUGAAAAACUUUCAUUCCUUUCCCACAUUUUGUUUCUUCCAUUUUUAUUUUUUUAUGGACAUGGUAUCAUUUAAAAAAAAAAAUUAUUUACAAAACCUGCCUGUCCUUUCAAUUAUGUAUUUUUUUUAUUUUUAUUUAAAGGAUCACUAUAGUGCCAGGAAAACAUACUCGUUUUCCUGGCACUAUAGUGCCCUGAGGGUGCCCCUACCCUCAGGGUCCCCCUCCCGCCGGGCUCUGGGGAGAGGAAGGGGUUAAACUCACCUCUUUCUCCAGCGCCGGGCGGGGAGCUCUCCUCCCUCUUCUCCUCCUCUUCGGCUGAAUGCGCAUGCGCGGCAGGAGCUGCGCGCGCAUUCAGCCAGUCCAUAGGAAAGCAUUCACAAUGCUUUCCUAUGGACGCUGGCGUCUUCUCACUGUGAAAAUCACAGUGAGAAGCACGCAAGCGCCUCUAGCGGCUGUCAAGAGAAAGCCACUGGAGGCUGGAUUAACCCUUAAUAUAAACAUAGCAGUUUCUCUGAAACUGCUAUGUUUAUAAAAAAAAAAAAAAGGGGGUUAACCCUAGCUGGACCUGGCACCCAGACCACUUCAUUAAGCUGAAGUGGUCUGGGUGCCUAGAGUGGUCCUUUAAUUUUUUUAUUUUUGUAAUACAAAAAAAAUAAAUAUAAAAACCUAUAUAAUACCUCAGUCUUUUGCACAAAUCUGCAGGAUGUUGUGCUCCCACUGAUAUGACAGUUUCUUAAAUAUGUCAGGAAGUCAUUUGUACCACUUCCAGCUGGGAAAAGCUGCUUAACUCACUUUGUCUGCUUCUCAGGAAAGGUCACGAUAAGGAGUCAUUUCCCCAGGGAAUCACUUAUUUCUUAUAUUUGUUUUUAUUGUGGUAAUCACCGCAUAAUGCUUGUUAUAAGUCUUCUGUUACUUUUUACGUUAAUGAGAGAUUAAUAUCAAAGUUGUAGGUAUGGUGGAAACAAAUCCUCAAAAUUUUACUUUUCAUUAUUUGUAUGAGUUUGGAGUGGUAUUAUUGUGAUAAAUUGUAUAUAAGCCCUAGGUAAAUCUUUCUUUGACAUUAGUGCCCUAGACAUGUUGGAGGUUUAGAUGAAACCUGUUGGUUUAACUCUGAACUAACCAAGAAGCCGCCAGAGCUUCGAAAAAGUAUGUCUACACAGAUGGUUUUCCUUCCUCACGUUGUAACUCGUGAAGGCUAGAAUUUGUCACUGUUUGUCAUAGAAACAUAAUAAUGUUUAUUUAGUCCACUUCCCCGUGCAAAUGGGUGUAUACAAACAAUUGCUGCCCAGAACUCCAUACUGUUUUCCUGAGGGCUUUUAAAGAUGAAUAAAAUGUUUUCAGAGUAUCAUUCUGUAAAUCGUACAGAACUUUUUUUUUUUUUUUAAAUGAAAAUGAAGCCAAUCCGCUUCAGGCUGUGCUUCCUGAAGAAACAUUAGAGAAUGUGCACGUGGAUGGUAUGGAGCCUGGAGUGUUCCUUUAAGUUGUAUUAACCUGUUGUUCAUGGAGUUUUUCCAGGAAGCCAAUUUUUUCUUUUUUUCUAUAUAUAUAUAUAAUGGUGGAAUAAGGAGAGGAAAUAAAAUGUUCCCUAGGAUGUUCUUUUAUGGAAUUUCUCAAUCUUAAAAUACAUUUUUAAAGUAGUAAAAUGGGCCUUGAAAUAAGAUGAAAACCUAUUCAUUGUGUAUAUAUAUAUUUUUUUUUUUCUUACCAGGAAAAGUUAAAGCUCCGAGAUGGUCCUAAUGAUAUCGUUUUCAGCAUUACUACUCAGUAUCAAGGCACGUGUAGGUGUGAAGGUACCAUUUACCUAUGGAACUGGAAUGACAAACUCAUCAUUUCAGACAUUGAUGGAACAAUCACAAAGCAAGUGACAUUCUUAUAUCCAAUAAAAUGAUGUGUGUGUGUGUGUGUGUGUAUACAAUAACGUGGAAAAGAAAGUACACCCUCUUUGAAUGCUAUGGUGUUACAUAUCAGGGCAUAAUACCAAUCUGUUCCUUAGCAGGUCUUAAAAUUAUGUAAGUACAACCUCAGAUGAACACAUGACCUAUUACACAGUGUCAUGAUUUAUUUAACAAAAUAAAGCCACAAUGGAGAAGUGUGGUUUAAGCCAAACAUGACACUAUGCAUUAUGGCCAAACAUCUCAACUUUAUUAUCUAAAGGACGUUGUUCCAGAAGUCUUGUGGUUUGUUCAGAUGCAGCUUUGCAAACCUAAGCUCUGCUGCCAUUUUCCUUUUAGAGAGAAGAGGCUUUCUUGUGACAACUCUUCCAAACAAACCAUACUUGUUCAGUCUUUUUCUAAUUGUACUGUCAUGUACGAUAACAUUUAAUGAGGCCUGUAAAGUCGGAGAUGUAACUCUUGGGGGGGGUUUUGCAAUUCAUCUGAGCAUUGCACGGUCUGAUGGAGUAAAUUUGCUGGGACAUCCACUCCUGGGAAGAUUGGCAACUGUCUAGAUUGUUUUCCACGUUUAAAUAAUCUUACUCAUUGUAGAAUGAUGGGCUUUAAAUUGUUUGUAAAUUACAUAAUAAACCUUCCUAGUGUGAUUUGGCAGUAUCACUUGCAGAUUAUUGGGGAUUAACACACACCUGAAUGCUCCAGACCAGCAAACUGCUAAAAUGUGGCUUUUAUAGAGGUGGUCACACUUGUUGGUGAUCAAUUAAUUAGAGGCAUUUGGUUAGCAGUACCUGUCUGUUACUUAGCCCCUUAAUGCCUACGCAAGCAGUAAGGGUGUACUUAGUUUUUCACACAUUGCUUUUCCAUUUUGGCUUUAUUUUUCUUAAUGAUACGGUGUAAUAUGCCAUGUGUUGUUGUUCAUCUGAGGUUGUAUUUACGGAAUUGUUAUAGUAAUAAUAAACGAGUACUGAUUCAAAAUAUGGCUUUUAAUGGUUUUACAGUAUUGGGCAGACAUAGCAUAUAAUGCGCUCCACUGAAAUUAAAUUAAUGUUUGCUUCCCGUUUACAAAUAGUAGAAUUUAUGUAAAAAAAAAUUUUUCAAAAAAGUAUUGCUUCAUUAUAACUGUUUUCCAUUCUGUAAUUUUUGCCCUAGUAACCUUUUUAAUAUUAGCCCAUUUCAUUCAUGGGGAAUUAAUGUUUAUCCUUUGUGCGAUUGUGGAUAUCCUAGCAUACGUUGUCCAUGGUCAUACUCCUCCACUCCCACACAUUUGUAUCACCAUCUUCUGCAGCAUAUAGUCCUUAUAUUUAAUUGUAAAUGACGUAAUGUGAUUUAGCCCAUGGAAGUAUGGUGAACGUUUAUAAUCCUUAAUCUGUUAAUUGUCUGACAUCACCACAUAUAGUUAGGGGUGAGAUCAGCACUUUAAGUUUAAAAUGAUCUUGAACUUCAAACAGCGGGGCCUGAUGCUCAUUGUCCAGAAAUGAAAAUCCCUUAGGCCUUUUUAAAAAAAAAAAAGAAAAAAAAAAAAUUAUUUAUGAAGUUGUAAACCAAAUUCUGACUAUAAACGGAAUAUAAUUUCUAUAAUUUCUAUGGCAAACUACAGUACUAAUUAUGCUAAUGCAGACUUUAUAUCAUGUUUGUUUAUUCCCAACUGGGGAUAAUACCUGUAAACCUUGUUCAGGUUUAGUAUACCUGGUAAAUGUAAACAUUUUGUAUUCUGUCUGUAAGUCUGUCACACUAUUUGAGCCCCUCCAUUUGAUUUGUUUUAUUUUGAGGAUCCUAAAGAUUGUAUUGCCUUUAAAAAAAAAAAAAAAAAAAAGUUUUAUCAAAUCACUGUGAAUGAGUAGAGGCAAAGCUCAUAUUUAGUGUAAGAAAAUCCAAUUUAGAAGUCCAGAGAUGUAUGCUUUUAAUAUAGUACUAUUUGAGUUGUGAUUUCUGUUAGAUUGCUACCAUAUUGUAGGUAUGUUUUGUAUCUAAACCUCAUUUUAUAUUCUCUCUCUUUUUAAAACAAGGUCGGAUGCCUUAGGACAGAUUCUUCCACAACUUGGAAAAGAUUGGACACAUCAAGGCAUUGCGAAACUCUACCACUCUAUACACGAGUAUGUUUAAAGUAUAUGUGGAUUUAAUAUGUUCUGCCAGCUGAGAAAUGACUACAUUUUUGGUUAUUCAUUGUUUGUGAAAAUUAGGUCAGUCCAGCUGCGGGAACUUGGGUUGAUGGUGCUGAAGAGGAAUUUUUCUAAACUUUUUUUUUUUUUUAUUUAUUUUUUUUUUUAUUUACUUUUGGAUAAUUUCCAAACCAGCAUUUUAGGUUUUUGUAUCCUGCCAAACUGAGUUAUUUGACUAACCAUCCUAGAAUACAUGCUUGCAUAUUGCUUUAAUCCAGACUGCUUUAUAAAAUUCUGUUCUGAAACAAUUGCUUCAAUGUCUUAAACAUGAAUUCUAAAUGACUGAUGGCUGUAAAAUUGCAUUUUAUAACUUUGUCCACCACAGAUCACUACCCUAUUUUGUAUAAAAUUAGGUUUGUUGACCUGAGGUCAGUGUUGAUUCAACUUGUAAUUAAGUUGCACACUGUGAGUGAGUAGAAUGACUUAAAUACUAAAUUAAUUAAAUAAAUUCAGUUGUAUUCUGAAUUGGCCUUUCUUUGACACGAAUGUAUGCGAAUUUGCUUGUUUGUCUCAUGAUUCCAUGUAUGUACAAUUUACUUGUUCGUGAGCCUGCGUUUCAUAGCAAUAUGGUGUUUGCUAUGUGUUCAUUUCUGUUUGUCAUGAUGUACACACAAAGGAACAUGAUACGCCAACAACCUCUCUCACUACCUUUUUUGGUUUUUUUGCAUUCAGUGGACAGGUUUCUUAAUUUCUCCAUUACCUAUUUCACUACAAACUAUUUACUGGAAUGUACGAAGGAACCAAUACCAACUGUCCGGUGGUUUUCCGGUUUGUAUUACAUUGCAUUUGUCUCCUUAAACUAAUCUUUUUAUGUUUCUUUUUAGAAACGGAUAUAAGUUUAUGUACUGCUCCGCUCGUGCCAUUGGUAUGGCAGAUAUGACAAGAGGCUAUUUACACUGGGUAAAUGACAAAGGUACAAUCCUUCCCAGAGGGCCUUUGAUGCUGUCUCCCAGCAGUCUCUUUUCAGCAUUUCACAGGUAUGAGUGCAGUUUGUGUUGCAAUACAUGUUCAUUUUCAGUUUUAACUGAUCCGUUCUCCUUAAAGGGAUCCUUCAAGUACAAUGACCACUUCCUUAGGGUAUCAUUAGUCAGCCCUGAACAAGUGUUCCAGAUUAGCUAAUAUUAAUUCUAAACAUAUUGUCAGCAUGCACAUGUUAAUGCCAGGCUCCCAAGUACAUUUUUUGGUGUCGUGGAUCAAGACAAGGAAGGGUUACUCUUAGCAAAAAAAAAAGUUUUUGCUUGAAGUAACCCUUCAAUUACGUUUGUAUACAAAUGAUUGGUUAUGUCUAAACCAAAUAUAUUUGCAGCAGUAAUUGCAGUAAAUUAUGUACUUGUAAAUAUCUUUUACAGUCUGAAAACGGGUCUUUCCUAUUUAAUAUCUUUUAGAAUACUUGUAAAUGAUUUGACAUUUUGUAAGAGUGUUAAACUACUCUGGUCCUUAAACUCUUAACAGUACUCAAAAAAACAUGGCCUCUAUUUUAAUAUUUUUGGAUAAAGUUAUCAAAUGUUCUUUCAAACUUAAAAUGGUUUAAUUUUAUGGAAUUUUAAUUUACUUAUUUUUUGCUGCAUUGAUAUUUUUAUAUAUGAUAUAUUUUCUGAUAUUUUGGUGAAAAAUAUAAAACACAACAAUUUUAAAUUAGGGCUUGUUUGUUUAAUGGUUUGUGUAUUAUACAUUGCUUCAUUUUGCACUUUUUCCAGUCAAAUAAGCCGCAGACACAUACAUUUCUCAAACAAAGUCCAUGAAUUCUCUCACUUACCCCUAUACUGUGCAAGUUCAGGUUAUAAGAUAUGUGUUUAUAUGGAUCAAUCUGUGUUUGUUGGAAGUAUUCCAUGAGAAGAUGGAUAAGAUCCUGUCUUUUAAAUCUUAUCUUUGUCUUGUGUUCAUCUACAUUAAUAAUAGUCUACUAUUAUUUUUUAGGGAGGUUAUAGAAAAGAAACCAGAGAGGUUCAAGAUAGAAUGCCUCAAUGAUAUAAAAAAUUUGUUUCCGAUUUAUGAACAACCAUUUUAUGCUGCUUUUGGAAACCGCCCUAAUGUAAGUGUUUUCUUCCAAGAUUCUUAAAAUUGAUUGAUUUAUUUAUUUAUUUAUUUAUUUAUUUUUGCACAAUAAAAUUCUGUCUUUCUUUUUAAGUGCAUUUAGACCGAUAUAUUGAUAGGGAGAAAUAAAUAUAAAUGUAGCUACUAGUUAACCUUAUGGACAUAUUGCCAAAAUGUUGAUUAGCUCACAUUGCUUAAAGGGAGACUAAAGGCUCUCAGACCACUUCAUGACGACUUAUGAGAGCAGAACAUAAAAUUCUGAUGAUAGGAAGGCAUUGAAUUCAAUGCUUACCUAUGACAAGCCGUUAAUUGGACGAGCACCACGCAUGGGUUUCUCCUCCUCAAUGCUUCUCUAUGAAAAGGUUUGGAAGAGGAGCCUGUUUUUUUAAGUCAUGGUAGGAGGAGCGGACAGCACCACCGAGUAAGCUUCGGUUCUGGGGGAAAAAGGUAAGUACAGCCCCCCUUUUUUUUUUUUUAUUUAAUUUAGGGGCCCAGACAUCUGGCUAGCGAGGAGAAUACUAUAGCUUUAGGAAUGUAUUUUUUUUUAUUGCUAAUGCUAUAGUGUUCCUUUAUGGUACAGUGGUUUUAAAACUCACUCUGUGUUUGUAUAACUAGUAAUCCUGAAGUUAUUUCAUUUAUAAAUUAGGUUUUACAGUAGGAUUAUUUGUGUUGGGUAUGUCAAAAGAGAAAAAGUGUAGCAAUCUUUUUAUUUUAUGUACAGUGUCAUUUCAGUGUUCUGAAUGCAUAUCAUGCAGAAAUGUCCAGCCUGUGGCCAGCUAUUGCUGCACUAAAAAUCACAGGUUGGGCACCAUUGCCAUGAAGAUUACAGUAUCAUUACAAGCCGUUCAAGCAGUAAUAGCCAUGCCUCAUACAGUUGGGAUCUUUUGGUUUACCUUAACGCUGUAUGAGAGCGUUGCUUGAGAUAGUGGUCAAUUGAAUAAAUAUGUGCUUUGUAUUCAAUUAUUUCCACUGCUAUGCCAUUUUCAUGUUGAACAAAUGUGGAGCAGAGCCAAGAGUUAUCAAGUACAGGGAUCCCCUGGAAGCUGUAUGUCUCCCAGCUUGAUCUACUUUCUCCAUGACUCAAUGUUUCCUGAGACCCACAUCAUAAUACAAACAAUGUCUUUGGAAUACUGCCCUGCCUCGGUGUUGAAAUGUUUACUUUUAAUCUUUUUUUUUUAAAGUGCCUGCUACCCAUAGAUACUGUUGUUUUUUUGUUGUUGUUUGUUUUCUGCUAACUAUAUCAGACGUAUUUCAUUUCAGGAUGUAUUUGCAUAUAUGAAAGUUGGCGUUCCAGACUGCCGGAUAUUUACUGUAAAUCCAAAAGGAGAAUUAAUACAGGAACAAACAAAAGGGAACAAAACAUCGUAAGAGGCCUUUCUCACUUUCUCUAAUGCAUUGUAAUUGCAGCUUAUUGGUUCAAAUUCUGUGUCUUUAAAAGUAAAAAAAAAAAAACAACAAAAAAAGUAUUUUUUAAAUAUAAAUUUGAGCCCAAAGCUGCCAUUUCCAUCUUCAAAAAAAAGAAAAUGUCCUACAAUAGAAGAAUAUUUUUUUUCUUAUUUCUUUGAACUCUGUUUGUAAUGUGACCAACAAAUGAAGCUUCAUUAAUCGGUAGAAAUCGAGGAAGGCUUCAGGUCGCAUAGAGCACUAAAUGAAACAGUGCUGUUAAAGUGACCUCUGUCCCAAACCUAUUUAAAUAUGUACAAGCUAAAAAUGUAAUCUCUGUUGAUGUCUUUAAAAAAUACAACAUAUAUAUUGUAGUGGUGUAAUAUUGUGAAAGGUGUGUUACACUGUUUAGGACUCACACCUCCAUUCUUAAAUAGGUGUAGAACUUUGGGUGACUGAGUUGCAAGCGACAACAACACACUUUUGCUAGAACACAAUGGUCAACAUGCAACUCUCUCUUAUUGGAAUAUUAUUGGAAUAUUUUUUUUUUUUUUUUCCAUUGUUUACUGUGAAAUUUUAAUGUAUCUUUUUUGAGGAUUUUUGUUUUAACCAACAUGCCUUAAAUAUUGCAAUUAAUUUCUAAUCAAGUGACACACGGCUAGAAUAAUUGCCUUUGCCUACAGCCAAUUAAGCAUUUUGAUCUUUUCCAUAGUGUUAAAAAGACCAGUGUCCUCCGGCUAUUUUGCGACUUGCAAAUAAACAAAGGAACUAUAUUGAGUGAAAACUUCUAUGUAUCAUGAAAUAUAAAAGAAGUAUUCAAACAUUCAGAAUUGCAUUUCUGAUGUUGAAAGUCAUAAAAUAGAUCAUGGCUGGCAGUCUCGGUUUGUAAAUGUUAAAGGGACCUGUCACUUCUCUGUAAUUCACACCCCUGAAUAAAGCAUUGAAAAAGGAGGCAUUUGUCACACAUAACAAUUAUAGAAAAUAGUUUUCAUACUUAGUGUAAUUUUAUUUUCCUUGAUAAAUCCUUGGCAUCAUUACUAAAGGGUUAGCUCCGCCCACUUGGCUGAUAAGGGCAAGAAGUAAAACGUUAAAUAUACCAACCGGUCAGAAUAUCCGCAAUAUUGUUCCCAGCUUGUGAAGAUCAAAGCGGAUACAGUAUGUUCUGUUCCACAUACAUUGAUUUUAUGUAGAACAGGGCUGCCCAAAAGGUAUUAAAACUUCAGCUUCCAUGAUGCAUUGUCAUUCUAAAGGUAUGCAAUGCAUCAUGGGAGUUGUAGUUCUAUAACAUCUGGGGAUCUACCAUUUUGGCACCCCAGAUGUAGUAGAAAUUGAGGACAGAACAUUUCUACCAAAGGCAGAAAAACUGGAUGUCCAAACAUCGAAGGCAUAAAGAAAGUUAAAGAUAUUGGCAGAAAACCAGGUGGCCACUCUACAAAUACUCUCUAAAGUUGUAUUAGCUGCAGCUGCCCAAGAGGUUGACACAUCCUUUUAAGCCUUGGAUAUCACCCUAAUAAUCCUCAAAGCAUUUGAGGCAGCUUGUCCCUUAUGAGAGUUGGAGGUAAUGACAAAUAGUUGAGUAAACGGCCUCCAGGCAUUUGUCCUUUUCAAAUAGACUGAGGCAUCUUGCAACAUCUAAAGAGUGCAAGUUCUGUUCCUCAUGAGAAGAAUGAGAUUGAAGAAAAGUAGGAAGGAUCACUUCCGCAUUAUUGUAAACGGAAGAAAUUUGGGGAAGGUAUGCAGGACCACUCUGUCAGGGGAAAAAGACGAAAUAAAGGGCUUCUGAGACCAGAAGGACUGUAUCUCUCUGACCGUUCUGCCAGAGAUAAUAGUCACCAAAAACAAACACUUCAAGGUGAGUAACCAAAUAGAUGUCAUGAAGUGGUUCAAACUGAGACUUGGACAAGGACUAGAGGAAGGUCCCAUUGAGGAGUAAAUACCUUGAUAUGAUGCCUCUUCUUUUUGACUGCCAUUAGAAACCUGGACACCAAAUGAUUCAAGGACCGUUCAAAUAUCAGCCAUCUCAGCUAUGUCUGGCUUUAAAGAGCUGAGACUUCUCAAAACCAGAUUGCAAAAAUUCCAAAACAUUUGAAACUGCAGGAACGGUGACCUAAACCUGUUGGAUAGCACAUGAAUCGGAAAAGACAGACCAAAUUUAGAAUAGAUAAUGUUAGUAAAAGGAAUUCUCGAUGGUGGAGGAAAGAGCCUGGGUUUCUAAAGUCCUUUUGAGGCUUUGCAGGAGUGGACCCUGAAUCAGCAGAUCUUGCAUUGAUGGUAACCUCCACAGUGGAACAAUUAACUACUCAUACAGAACAUGAAACUAUUGAUACCUGGGUUUAAACAGGAUAAUGACUAUGACUUCCAUCUUCUCUGUGAUCUUCUUAAUGACUUGCCAAGUCAGAGGAAUCUGAGGAAAUAUAUAACCUAAGUUGCAUGUCCACUUGCAAGAAAGACCAUUUGUGCCCAGUGCUAGAGGAUGAAAUAGACGGAAGAAUCUAAAGCCUAGUGAUUCAAAGCUGUGGCCACAUCUAGCCACCUUCACAUCCUGUCAAUUCUCUUGAAAAUCAUUGGGUUCAGUUGUCAUUCGAAUUUGUCCAUUAGACUGAGAAAAUCUGUCUUGACAUUAUCUGGCUCUGGACAUAGACUGCAGUGAAACCCAGAUGUUUCUGAACAAAUCAUGGGUACAAUUUCUUGAAGUAGACACUGGCAUUAUGUGCCUCACUGACAUAUGAAACUGAUGUUCUGUUGUCCAUCUUCAAGUUCACCCAAUGCCCUGACAGAAAAUGAAGAGCCAAGAAGGCUGCUGUCAACUCCAGAAUAUUCGCUGAAGCUAAGGAAAAAGGCUUCUUCCAGGUGACUUGAACAUUUGAAUAAUCCAGAUGUGCCCCCAACAUUUCUUGCUGGAAUUUGCAGUGAGUACCAGUCAAUUCACCUCUUAUGAGGUUCUGCUCCUUUGUCCACCAGAGCAGGCCAUGUGUCAUGCGAAAAGUGAAUUAAAAUCUGUUUUUCCCCCAGAGUUUGCAGCUGGACAAAACAGGGCUAGAAAAGCAUCUUGAGGAAUCAUAAUAUUCCAGUGAGCCUAUUUGACCAGGUCAGUGGUUGAGGACAUUGAACCCAGCAUACUGCCACAUUCCUUUGCUGGGAUGAAGACAGCCCCCAAGAUCUCCUUUUUAUCUUUAAUAUCGGAGUUUCCUUUUUUUCUCUGAACAGAAACCUCAUGAUCAGAUCUGAAUUGAAAAUGGCUUCCAGAAAAUACAUCAUCUUUGUGGUAAUAAGCUGGCUUUAAAAAAAAAAAUUUAAAAAAAAGGAUUAACCAAUCAAAUGUUUGCAGCAUUAUAAUGGCAAGGCUUAUCUGAGAGUAAAGGACUGGAGAGAAAGCGGCAUCCAUAAGGAUGUCAUGCAGAUAGUGGUAUAUCUGAAGACACUUCAAAUGCAGGUAUGCCACUAGUGUCACCAGAAUUUUGGUAAGGUGCAAGAAGAUGUUAGUCCAAAGGGCAUUGCCCUAAACUGGAACUAGUUUUCCAAAACUACAAAACAAAGAAACAUUUGAUGAUUCUGGGAGAUUGAAAUGAGUAAAUAGCAUUUUGAAGAUCUGUGGAUUCUAGCCAAUGUCCUUGAUGGACAACCAUUAUGACAGAGGCUAGAGAUUCAAUGUGAAACCGCUGGACAUGUAAGUUUUAAUUCACCAGAUCUGCAGGUCCAGCCUUGGUCUCCAAUCCCAUGGUAAUUUUGUGACCAGAAAAAGAGGGGGAAAUAUCUUCAACUGCCUUUUUGAUAGCAUCAUCUAGAGCUUUUCCAAAAAGAUGACCCUGAAAAUGCAGACCUCACAAGUUUGUUUUUGGAAAAGAUAUCUGCUCCCCAGCCUUUAAGCCAAAGGGUUAGGUGGGCAGCCAAUGAAAGGGCCAUGUUCCUGACUAAAAUCAUAACCAGAUCCAAGGAAGCCCCAGAAAGCCUAUUUUAACUCUGUAAAAGGGAAACUCUUCGCACUCCUUUAUCAAUAUCCUCCUCAAGGAGAGAAACCCAUUUCAUAGGUGCAUUGGAAACCGCUUUGAAGCAAUUGCUGAUGAUCCAGCAUUAGUAAGAUCCCAAUAGGAAAGCAUUGCAUAUUACCAGGAUGUUCCCAUAAAGGUAAGAACGAACGGAGUUUAACUGGGCUUCAUGCAGGGGUCUACUAAAAGAGUCUGAACUGUUAGGGAAGCCAAAUCAAAAUUGGCCUCAGUAAAGUUUAAAAAAACAAACAAAAAACAAAACGAAAUGUUCUCAUAGAAAAUUAGUGUCCAUACAGCCAAAGGACAGGAAGAAGACCAAGUAUAUUCUGACAUGGGGUGUAUCUAAAUAUUUACUUCCUGCCUCAUCAGCCUAGUGGGCAGAGCUAACCCUUUAGUGAUGCUACCAUGGAUUAUCCAGUAAUACUGUUUUAUUAAAUAAUAAAACAAUAAAAUAAUAAUUAAAUAUAGUUAGUUAACCCCAUAGCAUUACAAAUUCUUGUAACGUGACAGAUCCCAUUGGCCCUAUUAAAAUAGUUCAGCUUGAUCACAUCUAUUCUGUUUAGAGGCUGACUGAAGCGAAAAAGUAAAAUCUACUGUUAGUACCCCCAUUAAUUUAAAACAAGCAUGGUUGAACAGGGUUUGCAGAGAUAAGCAAAAGUCAUGAGGAUGUGCAGAAGUAAUUUGCACACUUUUUUUUUUUUUUCUGUAGUGCCAGUUUUUCCCAAGUUAUAGCAUGUAAUGUUUACCUAAUUUGGUGCACACCACUCUUGACGGAAUCUCUGCCUACUUCAGGUUCAAGUGUUUAUCGAAGAUGAUUUAUGAGAGCAUUUGACAACACAUGAGUAUGCCUUCUAUGCUAUAUAUUCUAAUGAUUUCUUUCUAUUGAAGUAAUUGAUCUCGUCCCCCCUUUUAUCCCAUUUUAAUCUAGGUACAGCCGUCUUAGUGAAUUGGUUGAACAUGUUUUCCCAUUACUUGACAAAGAACAGAGUUCUGCUUUCACGUGUCCGGAGUUCAGCACGUUCUGCUAUUGGAGAGUCCCACUACCAGAAGUAAACAUGGCAGACUUGACGUAACUCACAUUUUGAGCACUUCUGGAGCUGUCGAUUCAUAUGCGAUUCUUUCUGUUGGCGAUUGUCCUUCUGAAGUAUUAUUGCUGUGGGAAGCAGGCAUUUAUUGAAAUCAUUUUAAAUGCCUCUCUCCCAUUUAAUUGUACAGUCAGUUUGUAAUCUGUAGCCAGUAAAGAUAUUGUAUGUUAUAUUCAGGGAAAAUGUAAAAACAAAAAAAAUAUUGAUUUUAUUUUAAUACAGUAUCUUAAUUCAUUGUAAACAAGUUUAUGAAAGGAUGGAUAACGCGUUUUACUCUGUGUUCCAGAUUCAUUGAUGCUAACUGAGCUAUAAUGAUGUUCACCCUGUUAUCUCGUUAUGCCUAUGGAGAUUAACCCUUUCAGGGCUUGUAAAGCCUGACAUCUAUUGCAGGGCAAUGGGUUGCAGACUUUACAGCUAUGAAGACAUAAGAAUAUUGUAGAAAUUAUAUGAGAAUUUCUAAUUUACUGCCAAUUGGUUAGUUUAAUGGUCAUUUUCAAUAUACAUGACCUUUGCUUAAGCCAAAUAUGUACCAGUGCAAUUAUUUAUUUUACAUGCAGUUCUGCAUUUCAGGCCACUAAAAUGUGCUAUUUUAUAUGGCAGAAAUAGGUGGCAUAUUUUAUAAUAUUUUUGUUUAUUUAAGGCAACAAGCCUCGAAUGUUAUUUUUUCUUUCCUACGGAAUAUGUUCUUAUGCCAUCCACCCUUCUUGCCUUUGUUAAUGUGGACGCACAGUGCUUUCACUAUGCAUUUCAGGUUUAUUGUGAAUCUGCACAUAGUUCAAGUGGUUCACACAUACCCACAACUAUUUUGUGGAUAGAGAAGUUUUUGUUUUUGCCAGUAAGGGUACAAUACCUCAAUAAACUAAAAUCAUAGAAUCAGACAUUUCAUUGAUGACACCGGCCUGGAGAUUGUAUAUAUUAAAAGAUGUAAAGUAUUACAAGAACCAUAUCAUUUGUAAAUGAUAACGCAAAGGUGUGUGUUUGUAUGUCUGCUUCUGGGCCAAGGCAAGUAUUUAUUUGUAAGUAUGAUGUAAAACUCUACCCAAAUAAAGUGUUGAGCUAUUUUAAAUACUUUUUUGUUUUGAGAUCUUGUAUUUUGUUAACCUCUAUAACUAUGAAUAUAUUAUUGAAAGAAA